AUUGCUUUCUGCUAGCGUUUCAGUAAAACCCUCAGCGGGUUGCCUUUGCAAAAAAAAAAAAAAAAAGUGUUUUUUUUCCCCUUUCUUUCUCGCUGAGUAGGGAGGAAGCGAGAGGUCGGACACCGAGGGAAGAUAAACUAAGUGAAAGUUUAUUAUAAGUCUAAUGAAUAGUUUUUGUCUCAUGGGUUCAGUCAUUUGAUUAGCUUGUAGUCUGUGGGGUGUGUCUGUUUGUGUGUGUGCUGGAGAGAGAGAGAGAAAGCUUUUUACUUCAUAACAAAAAAAGGAGACGACCAAAAGAUAGUAUCAUUCUGUUUUAUUGCUGCUACCCUUGAGCCUCCGUACAGUCCGUUCAAAGACAACAAAAUGUAAUUCAUCACAGUGAUAAAUGCAAAUAAUCCAACUUCAAAUCCACAAAUAUGAAAAUGCACCAACUCCAAAAGGGGGUUAGUAUUUAAACUAGCUGGUUAUGGCACCUUGUCAAUGAUGUUUAUUGAACAGGAGAGCAGUGUUUACUCUGUUGUGUGACCAGAAUACCAAAAUCCGUCACUCCCUGUGAAUGCAGCUGCGUUCAGGCUGACUGACUGAGCUCUCCUUGGAGGAAAAAAAAAAGCAGCAGACAACUGAGGCUUGGCCCUGAAGUGUAACUCAAACAUAGAGCCAGAAGAAAAACAAGCUUUUCUUUUUCGCCCAAAAUAUGAAAAAAGGAGAGGAUCUAAAAAACCCACUCUGUUUGAGCUCCACAGCUGCUUUAAUGGCCUCUCUAUAAAGGACAUGUGAUUCAUUGAGGGGUUUAAAUAAAGUAGGUUAAAAAUAGCCCCACUUUCACGCGGAAUUUUUUGUCUUUUCCCACCUUUAAUUAAUUGCACAAAUGAGGCACCUCUCUUUUGUUGAGCUGAAGCAGAAAUCUGAGUAUCCACACUUUUCCUCUCUGCAUGCAUUCACUCGUGGACAUGUUGUUCCACGUUUACUUCAACUGUGCGCAAUUUUUUAUCCACUUUCUAAUCAGAUUGAAAGCGUGGAAAAACAAAAAAAGAAAAAACACCCGCACUUCACGUUCCCCCGCGCAAACAACACAAGAGCGAGAAUUUCGAUUCAUUUGAAAGUGGAGAGGAGGGGAAUUAAGACAAUUUAAUAAAGGCUUAAAUCGCUGGGGUUGUCUGCGCAGCGCCUAAAGCCAUAUUUCCUGUGAUCAGCGGAGGAGGGCGACUUUAUUGGACAUGUUUCUAUUUCCAAAUCCGCAUAACAGGCAACGAUGCAUGUAUUUCCUAUAAUGUAGAUAAGGGAGAGAGGGUUUGAUAUGUAAUAAAAGGUGGGUCUGCGCUGCCUGUUUAAGCCCCUUAAGCCUGAUAAAUGAUGAGCGACAGAGGCACAGCAAGAGGGUCACCGCUAUUAACUCCUCGCUUUCCCGGCCUGCACUUAAACUUCUCUCAAUUACAUGUGGUAAUGUGGCUGGAUACGGGCCUUAUAGGCUUCCACCCGUUUAAUCUAAGCGGAAUAAAAAAAGAGGAAAUCACACUCAGAUCUUUCAGGAGGGCAUUUUCUGCUCAGAGGUAUAGGCUGUGGGAAACACGGGGAUUACGGUGUGUGGCGUUUCCUUCUAACACACGCACACACACCAGGUAUUCUGGGACAAACAGCCAAAGCAAGCUCAUUAAAUCAGCAUUUGGUGUUUCCGCACAUGCAGGCGUUAACGACGGGCUCUAAUCUCGGCGCUGACCUGCUCAGGGUGUGACACAGCCGGGAGGAGAGCACGAGGAGGAGGGCACGGCGGAGGGACUAUUUCUUUAUUAGACACACUGAGAGUCCUGAAAUUCGUUAGGAAAAAGUGCGAAAUCUAAGAUAUUUAUGCGGUUUAGACUAUACAUUUUUAUUUUUUUAUUACAGGCUCAAGUCCCAAGAGCAUAACAUACACCACAACAUUAGAAGAAACAGGCUAUAUAUUAAAAAGGAAGAAAAAAACAGAUACAUAGACCCAUAAAAAGAAACUCUUAUUUUCAGGGUUUAAUUUUACUGUUAAAAAUGCUCAUAAAAUAUAUGUCGACUUUCUCUGCUCACUAUUUAAACCUCCGAUAUAAAUCAGUUUUUACUUUUUUUAAUUCUUGAAUGAACUAAUUUUAAAGUGUUGCUUCUAUUUUGUUAUCGUAUUUUUGAGACACAAAAAAAAAUAUUUAAAAAAUGCAAAAAUAAACACUGAAAUAAUUACGUUUUUUUAAAGGAAAGAUUUAAACAUGCAUAUAAAUGAAAAAUGUUAAAAUCUGAUUUAUUAUUAUUUUUAUAAUAAACGUCCAUUAUCACUCAAAAUAAACACCAAAGUAACAACGAUAAAUACAUGUGUUUUGAAGAUAUUAAUUAUAAACAUGAUUUAAAAGAUAAAGUAAAAUGGAUUCAGGCCAUUUUAUAAAGCUUUUUUAUUUCUUGUGAAAGCUUAAAAUGAAAAAAAGUGUCGAGAUUGGACUAAAAUUUUAAUAAAGCACUGCAAAUAAAGAGAAAGUGCUCCACAGAAACGUUUAAUUUUAGAAAAUCCACAAUGUUUUAAGGUGUUUAUUUUUAUAGGUGAAGUACACAUGUCGUCUAAAUUAUUUAUCUUUGAGUGUAAGUUGUUUUUUAAUUUAAAAAGUAGAAGAAAGCUUUAAAAAUGUUGAUAAAUUUCAUCCACAAAGACGUAAUUCUCAUUUUUUCUCGUUUUCAAGGCCUGCUCUCUCUCGUCACGCAGCUCGGCGUCCACUGUGACCGCCAGGUGUCGCUACAUGGCCGCUUAUUCCCAUAACGAGUCUAUGAAGAGGAAAAGCCACAGUUACAUUUAGUGCUGGCCUCCUCUCUCCUUCUCUCUCCCUCCUUCUCCUCCCUUCCUCCCCCCUCUCUCUCUCUCUCCCUCUGACAUCAGACUCUGAGAAUCGGUGGAGGGGAAAAUGAGGCUUUGGAGCUGAAGAAUUUACAGUUAGUCGCGAAACUUUUACAAGUAUUUGAGUUGCUCACUCCACUUUCUGAAACCCUAUAGUCACAUUUCACUCCGAGGUCAGACAGAGUUCACGUUGAGAUGGCUGAGGUGACGCUUUCAGACCAGAUAUUACUGAGAAAUCAGACAUGAAAUCUACUCAAAAGUGGGUCCAAAUUUGAGGUAAAUCCCCUCCAAGAAUACUAAAGUGAUUUGCUGUAAAUGUAAUCAGUGUUUCAUUUACAAAAAACACAAAACAAGUGCAUUAAAUUGACACGCUGCGAGUUUUUUCCCCCCUCUCCCAGCUUCUCCAGUAGUCAGUCUAUGAUCCAGUCUUAUCUCAGCGCCUCUAUACAUUAGCUCAGCUCAUUUACAUAAUCUCAAUCCCACUGAAGAGGGCCAAAGAAGAACAAAGUUACAAACAAGAUUAGGGCGAUUUUAUUUGUUCCUGCCGUUGAGCGCCGAUUGUUUCUCCAGGAGUGUUUAAGGUCACUAAGAGGAUUUCAAGCUCGUUUCAUAUCAGUGAUCUUUUUGAGGGAAUUAAACCAACAAUGCGUUUCUCCCCAUAUUUAGCAACAGGCUUGUGUUGUGAGUGCGUCUGUGUGUGUACAAGCCCUGCAGGGUAAAAGGGGUGAGGGAAAGAGAGAGAGAGAGGGAGAGAGGGGGGAUUGGAAGUCCUGCAAAGAGCAAACAGAUUCGUGAGUGGAAGUUUUCUGCUGCACCUUCAGGAUGUGACAUGCGGCGGAUCUUUAGCCUGCUGAUUGUCCCAGUAGUGUUUUCCUUGAAAUGGAUCCUCUCCCUCCCCUAAUGAACCCAAACGCAGCUGGCCAUGUCCCACACGGACACCGAGAGCUUUAACCCUACACUGACCUCCAUUUGACACCAGCAGAUGAAAUUUUACCGCCUGUUAAUGCCAUCCACUGAUUUUUUUUUUCGUUCGUUUUUAAGGUUUUGUGUCAACCUGAAAAUGUGGAGAAAUUCACUUCAAAACGUGUCACAUCCACGCGGAUUUAUCAGGCUUUGGGGAGUCAAAGUUGGCACGAGUAAAAUUAAUUUAAUCUGGUGCCAUUUUGUGAGAAUAAUCCAAAUUAAUCUGAAUAUCAUUAAUGGCGAUGUCUCAUGUUUAUUGCUCUCUAAUAAAUAGUUCACAAAGAGACGGAGUUUAAAAUUUCACGUCGUUAGUGGAAGUUUUAUUGGGGAGGUUUCUCUGUGGAGCCGUGCAUUGGACACGCGUAAUUAGCCUCCGCUAUUUUCACACGCUCUUCGGGUGUUUACAUCACCCUCCUCGGGGGCAAAUCACAUAUUUUCACGCAGAAGAUAUAGCAGCAACUUCACAUCUAGACAAACGUUUUUUUUUUUAAAUGUCCUCGUGCGUUUGGAUUUUUGCGGAUGCAGCGUGCGCUUUGGCGAAAGAUCAAACAUGGAACAGAAAGCAGAUUCCGCACAGUCCAGCUUGAAAACUUUGCCUUUUCCUAUACGCGCGUCCCCCCCAACAAAGCGGAAUAAAUACACACAGCAGAAGCUUACUUACCGUGCUCGUCCAUAAGAGGAUGGUGGAGGGAAAAAAAAGUCAAGCGUUUGCGCACAAAUCAGUGUGAACGAUAGUAUUUAGCUUGUGAAAAUAUGAGUCUUCAAAAGCAGAGUCUGCUGUGUUUACAGAGUGUAAAAAAAGGAGAGAGACUUGGAGACGGUGGAUGCCUGGGCUCUCUGCGCACAGCUCUGCAGCUCCUUCCCGGGGUAUUGCACGUUGAAAUGUCCACACAGCCGUUUGUCAAACCCUGCAGUCCCACACUUCCCACCCCCCCUUUAUGCCAACAAACAUAACUGUUGUCACGCUUUCAUUUAUUAAAUAUUUCCCCUUGGAAGAAAAAAAAAACACCCUGAAAUUUCUCUAAUCGACCCCUUAACAGCUCUGUUUGGCUUUUUUGUUUGUUGGGAGAGUUUAUUGACCCUCCAGCAGUAGCCACAACCCCUCUCUCCCUCCCUGAACGCAUGUCUACCUUCAUCCUAACCUGUGAAUAAUUAAUUUCCAUCUUUGAAAAAAAAAUACCAUUAUGUGAGACGCUAUCAAUACAGCCAUGAUGCCAUAUAUUAGCAUUGAUGGAGCCAAAUAUUAAAGGGGAUAGAUGGCCUGCUUCUGUUUGGUGCGUAAAAGUGCCCAUGCAAGGCUCCAAAAGGGGGCUUCAGUGCAAUCGAUGGCCGGAGCGUUGUUGCUCCUCCUCUAAACUUCAAUCUCCUCACAUGAUUGAUGAUCUUGUGCUGCUUUGAUAAUUGACUACUCUGAGGUAAGGCACGGAUUUCUAUCAAGAGAGAGAGGAUUGGACGACAGACACAUACAAAAAUUUUCACAAAAGCUUUUUUCCCUCUUUGGAAAAGUUCAUUCUUGGUUUGGAGGGGUGCAGCGUGAGGUUUAAUUUGCCCAAAUAGAGCAGCGUAUUAAUUAGCUGCAAGAUCAGGGGGGGUUGUACAGUGAGACACAAUGCACUCUGGUUUAUAACUGAUAACAAGUAAGCGUCAUAUUCAUGUAUCAAACUCAACAUUCAUAUAAAAUCCUCAUAACAGCAGCUGUAGAUGCUUUCUUUUAAGUUGUGAGAAGUUUUUUUUCGUGCGUAAAAAUGCGGGUUCAUCGUGCGUAAAUGUGCGUAAAAAUGAGCGGUUUUGCUCUAAAUCAUGAUUGGUGUAUUUAAAUCUCCUCUGUGAUUAUGUUUGUUUUAACUCUGUGCAUUUGCAGCCGAAGUGUCCGCGCUGCUAAACCUCCCUCAUUCAGUUCUCUCUGCUUUUUUCCUCAGGACUCUUCUCGGCGCAUAAAAAAAGAAGAAGGAAUUGGGUGGGAGUUGGAGCUGUGUUGCUUUGCCUUUUACCCCCAGUGUGGAGUUGAAGCCGUCCCUGCGCCUCGCAUAUACUCUGCAUAUCACAAGAUUUGGUCUCUCCUCUCUCUUUUCUGGAGCUGCUGUAGGACUGGCUAUGGCCACCACUACUUCCGGGAUCCGUCAUUUCAUUCGCCCACCGCUCAGCGCUGCGAACUGACUCUGUUUCUAUAAGCAAGCUAGCAGCCAACCUGCCAACACUCGCUGACACUCACUCAUCUCAGUUUCGCCAGAUAGACGAAAUACCUACGGGGGAAAGAGAGGAGAGAUCCGAAUCGCAAUCUCUUAAUUUCUUCUGCUUUUUUCUCCUUCUUUUACAGUGAUAAUAAAACAAGAUAGCGAUCUGGAGGCAUUAAAGGAGACGCGGACUUGCGGGAUGAAAACGGACUAAAAAGAUUCGUCCUUCUCUUGAACAUCAUCACCAACCGUCAUUCAUUCAUUACCUUGACAACCUCUGGCUUUGAUUGACAGCUGGAGUGGCAAAAAGCCAUGAGACACGACAGUUUAGUUACAUGCAGGUUGUUGAUGGGCCGAUUGUAACCUUCACUUUGGCGCAUUUUUUCUUUUUUUGGCGAGGAAAAGAGGGAAAACAAGAAAAAUUGCAAAACUCCCCGAUGCUACGAUUUCAACUGAACCACACUGGCGAAUAGGAGAAGUCGCAAAGUUGGUUGAAAACGGGAUCUUGCCUCUAAAUCACUUUCUAACCGGGACUGGGAUAUUAAAUAUACGACAGAUUCAGGAGUUUAUUGGAGCGCAGCCUGAUGGCGCAACGGGUAGGUUUUAAAUCUCCUCCACUUUACCUGUUUCAAAUCCACUGUAGGGAGGCCCUCGUAUCGAUAACCUCUUGUCGGCUGGUGGCAAAUUUACAAAGUAUUCCUAUCAAAGCGGCUCGAUUUGACAUUUUUGCAGCGCUUUGCUCCUCAAGCAGAGUGACAGCCUCUGCUUUUUACCCUCACACUCCACCACACUCGUGGAGCAUUUUCACAGGAGUCUCCAAACUAAUUCGCUCUUUUCACCCACCAAACUCACUUUCGGGGAGCAGCAAACUCAUGAUGUUUUUGGUAACAAGAAAACUGUUUCUCAGAUUGAUUAAAAAGGCACUUUUUUGCGCCGUGGCUGCAGCGCGUUUUCACAGCAACAACAGCAGCAGCUCAUUAGUUCCUACUUUGCGUGUAUUCAAAAUCAGACGGCAUGCUUUUUUAGCUUUUCACAUUUGUUCAAACAGUAACCGGACAGUCCGCUCAAUUCUCCUCUCAUUUUUUUGUGUAUUCCCAGUACGAUGAGCUGGCCCAUUACGGUGGGAUGGACGGAGUCACGGCAUCGAUGUACGGGGACCCGCACGCUCCCCGGCCGCUUCCCCAGGUCCACCACCUGAACCACGGACCGCCGCUGCACACCAGCCAGCACUACGGAGCCCAUGCUCCGCACCCAAACGUUAUGCCCACCAGCAUGGGCUCCGCUGUCAACGACGUUUUAAAGAGGGAUAAAGAUCAAAUUUAUGGGUAAGCUGUGCAAGAUCCCAGUCCGCGUGCAACUAUUUUAUUUUAUUUUCAAACUUUUCAGCUUUUCUCAGAGUUUGUCCUCUUCAAGUUUCUCUCCCAGCACUAAAUUUAAAUCGUGUUUUGGGCAGGAUUGACCGCAAUUUUCGGUCUCUAUUGUUGGUCAGGGGGAGUUUAGUUGAUGUGUAAUUUUAGACGCCUUGUAGGAGGCAUCGACAAGCCUGCAGCGAGUAAGAGGAAGCCUCGAGCCUGAAACACAAGUUAUAAAAUCAUAUGGAAGCUCGAAAGUCCAAAAACUGCGUAAAAAUAUAAUAAAAAAGGCAAAUUCAACACAACGACUAUUCUAUCUUUAAAAUAACUGUCCCCCUUUACCUGACUUUUAAGGAGUCUGUAACUUUUUAUUUGCUGCUUGCAAAAAAAAUAUCUCUAAGCAGUUUCAAUUUUGUUUUCACCAUAACAGUACGCGUAAAGACGCACCGUACGUCUGCAGAAUCCCCUCUAAUAGUCUGAUCAGUCUGUGAUCUGACAAUAAGAGAAAAUCUGUUUUAAUGUUUUUACUGAGAGUUUGUAGAACUUUGAAAACCUUCACGGAUACCUUCUCGGUUACGCACGUUCACAGAAAGUGUUAUAAUCCACAGUGUAUCAUUAUAAUCUGGGAUGUAGUGCAGCGUAAAUCCCCUUCAUCUCUUUUACUCACGUUGUUCUCAUGUGCUCGGAGGAGUUAAUUUUUAAGCACAUAAAAGUGUAACUGAUAUAAAUAAAAGGGAAGCUUUGCUGUAGGAAUCUCACGUUUCUUUUCAAAAUAUCUGACUUAAUUCUUGAAACAAAUCGAGAGGGUGUGUGGUGAUAAAAUGAGAGUUAGACUUAACCUAUUUUCAUUUCCUUCUGCCUGACCUGGAAAUCUUUAGCUUUAAUUAUAAUGAAAAUUAAAAGUCCUGAUUACUUGCUGCGUUUGUAGCUCAGCUUUCCAAUUUUUUCCCACUUUUAGACGUUUUUUCCUCAUAACUUCACAAUUUCCCUAAAAUCCCCAAAACUACUUUAGUGUGUCAGGGUUGUUUUUGCAGAGUUUUGUUGACUUCUUGGCCGUUUUUUUGUCUGCACUGUAAGAAAUGUCAGCCUCAUUCUACAGCGUUUUGUCUCCAAAAUCUCUCCAUGUCCCCGGAAACUUGGAGAAAAAUACUCCAGAUGCGUAUUUACGCAUACGCACACAGAAUAUAGUUGUUAAAAUCAACGAUCUAAAAAUGUAAAACACAGUUUGGGCAUCAGUGUGCGUUUUAAUUAUAGGCAGGGAUCGUUUGAAAUCAAGUGUGUAAAAAUCAUACUGUGUGUCAAAGCUAAAAAAAAAUAUCUCAUCCGAUUGUGUUUUAUUUUGAAUUUUCUCUCAGAAGCGUCAAAGUUUAAGGGCGUUUUACCGGGAUAUGUGCAGGUUGAUUUGACAUUUUUUGCAGUGUGCAUGUGGAGCCGGUGUGUUGCUUGUACUCAGGCUGUGUUUCCCCUUCUUGCAGUCACCCUUUAUUCCCACUGCUCGCGCUGGUUUUUGAGAAGUGCGAGUUGGCGACGUGUACUCCGAGGGAGCCCGGCGUAGCAGGCGGCGAUGUCUGCUCCUCAGACUCCUUCAAUGAGGACAUUGCAGUCUUUGCCAAACAGGUCCAUGAUCUAGAAUAUAUGUUGAAAAUGUCUAUGUAGUGAAACACAUAAUUUUCCUUUUGGAUACAACUUUCUCCCAUCAUGUUUCAAGAAUAGUGUGUGUAUAAUCUGCAAAAUAUCUACUCAACUUUUCUUGGGAAUUUUAGUCAUUUUAUGAUAGAUACACGUUUUACUCCAAACUGACUUGGAUUAUGGUUGUGUUAUUUCAGGUCCGAGCAGAAAAACCUUUAUUUUCAUCAAAUCCAGAGUUGGACAAUUUGGUAAGCACAAACAUACACUGACCUCUGUGCCUCACGAUCAUAAGCGCCGCUCUGUGCGGUCACUCUCUGCUUUGUGUUUUUUGGUGAUAGUCUGAGUGUAGCGUCCGCAGCAUCACACAGAAAAUAAGUGAACAUAUGAUUUCAACUUCCGCACAGAUGUCAGAUCAGCUCUGAAUUGAAGCUGUGUUGACCACAUUAGCCGCUGUCAUUGUGAAUGUCUUCCCAUCACACUGACCCAGCUGACCAGUGUGUGUGUGAAGACAUGAAAUGCAGCUUUUACAGAAAUCUCCUCUGCACGUUACUCUUUCAUGAUUAUUCCUUCACGUUGAUGCAGAAAUUAUUUUGUAAUUUUCAGCCUCUAACUGUGUUAUUUUUGCUCAUUUUACCCAGAUGAUACAAGCCAUACAAGUAUUACGGUUUCACCUCUUGGAAUUAGAAAAGGUAAAUAUUGGAACUCUUUGUAUAUACUUUUACGCAUGGUGCCAACUGAUAUUAUUAGCCUUUUUUAAUUUGGCAGUGCUGAAAAGUUAGUAGCAGCUGCCUAAAAAUGAAGGUGCAUGCAUUUCGAAGGAGUGUUUAAUUUCUACUAAACAUGCUUUUUUAUUUAACCAACUAAUUUUGAGAGUAUUGAUAAAUCGUGCUGGGAGCUCUUGCUCAGUUUGCACAUUGUUAUCGAUCCGCAGAUUUGGUUUCAGCUGCUCAUUAUUCCCCCCAACACACGGCAUGCUGUUUGUUUUUCUGUCCUUCAACUUGUUGCUCCAGUCUCAGGAGAAUAAUAAGCACUGCAACAAUUUCACUAUUGUUUCCUCGCCCCCCCCUCCUUAAUUGGAGUUAUUCUUGGACUUGACUGAAGCGUUUCCCUCAUCCUAUUCUUUUUCCACCUUUUUUCUUGUAUAGGUGCACGAGCUCUGCGACAAUUUUUGCCACCGGUACAUCAGUUGUUUGAAAGGAAAAAUGCCAAUAGAUCUAGUUAUUGACGAACGGGAUGGCAGCUCGAAAUCAGAUCACGAAGAACUCUCGGGAUCGUCGACUAACCUUGCAGAUCACGUAAGUAACAGCAGCUAUAUUAUAUUCUGAAUGUGUGUGUGUGAGUGAGUGUGUGUGCCGUGUCUGCAUGCCUAUCUGGAGUUUUUGUAAUUUUCAAGGACCUUAAAGUGAAUUAUUGGCUUUAUUUUACGCACAAUUCCAACUUCUCAAGAGUGUGUGACCCUGCUGUGCUGUGCCAUCAGUAAACAGAGCAUGCUCUGUACCGCCGAUCGAUGGUCUAAGGUCAAAAGCUAGAUGUGAUACAAUAGACUGAGUUAUUGUUUUAGUCUUUUGAUUAGAGCUAGUCAUGUGUGCAUAACGCGUCCCUGCUUGCUCCGAGGUUUGUGUGUGUGUAUUGGAGGAUGCACGCGUGCGUAAAUCGCCGCCGUGCGUUAUGGAGACUUGCAAGAAAGGAAAAAAAAACGUGAGGCAAUUAUCUGUUACGCAGGUUUAACGUUAAAGCAGGGUAUCAGCGCUAAGCUUUCGCUGUAGGCUAAUAUUUAAAAAGAAAGGGGCUUUCUUUAUAUUUUGGGGGCUGUGGGAGCUGGAUGGGGCCUGUGCGUAAAGCUGUGGAUUGUUUUUUUCGCUGCAGAGGUGGAGAAAGUGGUAGCCUAUUGAAACAGAUCUCAGAGCUAAAGGCUUAGCAUCAAUGUCAAGUUCACGAGGCAUAUGAUGGUUCGUCUAGAGGCCUUCCAUUGCUGUUGAUGUUAAUGUGUUUAAUUGUUUCGUAUUGAUUUGCCGUGUGGUUCCUUGCUCUGUCUUCUGCUCUGCUCUGCUCCCCCCCAUUUUAUGGCUGGAGGCUCCAUAAUGCUGAAUUCAAUUAUAUGCACCUGAAGUACAGUAGCUUUAAAUUUGAAGAUCGAUUCCCUGGUUUUAAAUCGGUGCAUUUUCGGUGUAAUAAACACUGACUCUCCUCUCCUAGUAUGGAUCCAGUCGAAAGUGUGUUACUGAGUUGAUAUCUGUGAGUUAUUGCGUCCUGCAUGUCUGUGAUAAAACUAAUGUUUUGGUGGAGUAAGAAGAGGAAAAAGAGAGGGCCAUUGCAACAAAGUGACUAGUUAAUAUCAGCGCAGCACAAGGCCAAGCCUAUUAGGAAUUAAAGCAGAUUUAAGUGUUAUGCAAAGUCACCGCGCUGCAUCUGUUGGCUCUGGCUAUCGGCCUAAUAGCGGUGGAUUCCCCCCUUUUGAAAGCCCCGGCGCGUCCACAGGUCGACGCAGACGAGCUGCACAGGCUAUAUUCAAACACAGUUCACAGCAUGGAUGGCAGCGUUGGGUUUUGGGAAACGGUGCAAUAUUGUGGUCCUCCUCCAACACAAGUGUAGAAAUGAGGCAUGCUGUUGUUUAUAUUGCAGAGAUUAGAUAAACUAGCCUGUUUAGUUUCAUGGCAGAUGGUGGAUGCUCAGGCCGGUUUCCAGUGGUGCCUUCACUGCUCAGACAGCAGCUCUGUCACCGGUCCAAGCUUGUGAGAAAUAUUUUGAUAAUUAGUAAAUUAGAAGUGCCAAUAAAGCAAAUCAGGAGCAGCAAUAAACAAAGAAGGCUUCAUGACAAGCCAUUCAUCUUGGAGUCAUUUGGACUGACCACCUCAUUAGGUUUUUAACUUUUGAGGGAUUUAUUUCACUGCUGUGGCACCAAUGAACUUUUUAUUAUAGCUCGCCGCUGCUCUGACUUCUCCCUUGCUUGUUUGUAGAGCUGAGCUGAGAGGUGAUUUUAAUAAUGGCUGCAUGGAAUGCAAAUACACACCCCUGCUUGUAGUAUUAUCAAAAUAAAGCCAGUCUUUAUUUUGCCUUGUAUUUGCAAAAAAAAGGCACAACUGUUAAGGUGUCUAAAGGCAAGGAAUUAAACAGUUAACUUCAGCAGCAGUAAUUUCCAUGUCUAAUUGAAAGGAGUCCAGCUCUUCAUGCCUAAAAUGUGCUUUGAAUACCCAGAACAAUGCACAAAAAUGCACUUGGCUGCAUAACUGUGCCGCUGGAUUGAAAGCAUUUUUUUGUCCUACUUGUCUGGAUUUAUUUAUUUUAUUUAUUCAUUUGUGUUUGGCUCCUUUUUUUUUAUUUUUUUAUUAUUCAUCUCUGUCCUCGCUUCUCCAUUGAGGAGAGGAAGGCGGCUUGAUAGUUAGAUAUGCUAAUUUAUUUAGUUAGACUCUCUCACGUCCAUUUUUCUUUGCUUUGAUAUGCAUUUUUAAUAUAUAGCCCUGGGCUACAUCUCAUUUGGAGAAAGUUGGUUUUUCUGGAGAUGAUGAGGCUCUUCACUGGAGGAGGCGGCCCGUUGAGCUUUUUGUAAAUAUAUAUAUAAAAAUAGAUAUAAAUAUAUAUAUGAGUGUGUGUGUGUGUUUUCUUCCCUUUUUUAAAACCUCUUUCUGUUUCCCUCCUCUUCAUACCUGACAUGGGAGCAUAAUAAGCGCUGUUUUAUUUACACUUGAAUGCAGCGUUGUCUCAGAGAUGAUUGGAUUAUGUUAUAGAGAGAGCAGGAUGAGUCCUUGCUGACACUGUUGAUUUCCUUUUUUUUUUAGCUUGCGGUGACUAUCUCACCAUGUAGCCCACCCAUGUCUUCCCAGCUCAUCGCCCCUCCUCUCAUUACCCCCUCCUAAUUAAAAGAAAGAGAAAAAAAAGAUGUAUUUAACAUGGAGGGUGAUGGAGGGGGUAAAAAACACACACACACUCACACAGAGCGGUGCAGAUUUGAAAACGGUUGCUACAGUGUGUGCUUGUCAAUGCUUUUCUCUCUUGUCUUUUAAUUAAUGAAUAAAAUUUCUGUCUCUUCUGUGCUACAUCCAAUUAGAGAGGCAAAUAGAAUUAACAGUGUCUGAAUAUUAUCUGUUCUAAUGAAUUAGCCUUUGUGGCUUCUCCUGCUAUUCUUCAGUCGAGCUUACAUAUUAGCACAGGGGCUUUUCAUUCCUCCCAUGCAUAUGCAUUACGCUUUUGAAAUCUGCCUUUGCAUUUCUGCAUAGUUUGAGAUUUGUUUUGCAGAAAGUGUGCAGGAUUUGCAGGUUUGUUUUGGAGAGGCUUCCUCAGGGAGUGAUAGGAGUUCCCAUAGUGGAGCUUAUCUUACCUCUGCAUGGCUGGAAGGGUGAAAAAAAGGAGGGGGAAAAGCUCGCUGUGUUUACAUUUGAUUCUCUGAGUUGCUGUAGACCAUUGGUCAGCCGCAGUGAUGUCACAGGUUCAGCCAAGUAAUGCAAUAGUCCGUGUUGUGCCCACGCUGUGAUUUAGUGUGUGUAUUGGCAUAGACGGGUGCUCGGUAAUGUCCUGUCUCUGCACAUCACUUUGCAUGGUGCAGCAUACACACACAGGCGCGCACACACACACACUGAGCCCUCUGCCUGUGGACGGAGAGCCCUCGGGCCGAGCCGGCCUGCUGAAGCGUGGAAUUUCUCCGUUUUGAAGGUGUUCUAAUUCAACUAGCUUUGUUCUCCUCAGGGAGCGACCAUGUUUAGAUCUCUUCCUUUCCCUCCUUUUCCAUUAAAAAAAAAACAAAACAAAAAACAGUUCAUCGCUGACUUGGACUGCUCUGUCUGUUCCACACAAUUGUUUUGUGAUGGUGGGAUGUCUGGCCUAACAUUUCCUAUUUGAUUAGUGCUCACAGGCAGGGUCCUGUUGGCAGGCAUAUCUAAUCACAGCGACUAUGGCUGCAGAGGCUAGACUCACUUGUUGCAUCUCACACUCUCCUUCCUUUAGCUGCACGUUGACUUUAAGUAUCUGCAAUGGAAAAACUUUGCAUGUAAGCAUCAGAAUCACGACAAGCAUGCAUGUUAACCUGAGUAUAAGUACAACACGAUCGAAUGCAUGUCAGACUUAAGUUUCAGCUGUAUUAAGUGCAUAAUUGCAGUCAACAGCUUUGCCAAAAAAUCUACCUUUGCAGAGUUAAUUGUGUUUACUUUUCAUCGCCAUUGUCUGUAAGUGUGUCAGCUCAGUUUUAUUACGCCACCGAGGUCAACCUUGAGUGAGGAGUUACGUAAUCACAUUAUGUUGAAGCUAUUCUCAUGUAUUGUCUCUUAGAGAAACACCUCUUAUUAUGAUGCAGCUUACACACCUUUUUACACUAUGUUCCCGCUGCUACAACAUGUAAUUAAAUUAACACCUUGGUGACAGUGCUAACAGGAAGACCAACAUUACAGGCAUCGUAAAAGAAGCAUUCGAUUGCAUCAAACCUAACACCAGUGUGAACACAUGAAAGCACAUAUUUUAGUUUCAUUUUUAAAAUAAUAAUAUUAUUAUGUGCAAGGAUGAAAUGAUGUAAAAUAUCCAAACAUGCACCAUUACAGCUAUCACAUAUUUGCAUGUUAUCUGACAGAAACGGCAAUAAAAAGUUUAUUUUUCUUCUGACUCAGAAAAAGUUAAAAGUAUAAAUGCGAUCAGUCAACCCCUCAAGUCUGUUAAAACACGCUCAUGUGAAUUAUUGGCUGCUAAAUGAAGCAGUCUUUAUACUCUGUAUAAUUGAGGGUGUUGUAAAUACGCGCAGGUUCAACAGAGGUGCACCUACACUUUUAUAAAGUGGCUGUAUAUAAUUACACGCUGGAGCCAAUAGGAAAUAUGUUAAGAGUAUUUUUUUUCUGUUUAUACCAUGUGGCAAGAUGUGUCUUGAAAUGUCAGCUGUAUGAUUUAUGGCCCAGUGUGUUUUCUGGCAUGUCAGCGAUUCUGUGCAACACACACACACAUAACACACAGACACACACAUACAUACACAAGGCCAGUCGUACCCAGCCUGCCUCCACACGGACAGAUUUCUUCCGCUUUUUCCUCCUGGUUCCAGGGGAAUUUGAGGGAAAUUCAAUGAUGCCGCUAAAUCAAUUUUAUUUUGAAAUUCCAAGGGAUGUAGGCAGAGUGUAAGGCGGGGAGUGAGAUUGUGCCAGGCAGGUGUUUGUAAAUGAGAAACGGGGGACGAGGAGCAGCAUUCUCCCGCUCUCCUGUGGCCUUUUUCCUACUACAAGCCUUCCUCCCCAUAUUGUCUCCUGCUUUUAUAUUAAUUACAACUUGUAUUAUCAGCUGCCAGUCGCUAACCCCAGCAAAUAGAAGAGGCUGCCCCUGGAGACCACGCUUCUUUUGUAUCUUAUUCUCCAUCCAGUCCCUUUGUGUUUGUGUUUGCGUGUGCAUCCUCCGCUUGCACAUGUAUGUGUGUGUGUUUUUUUUUGCUGGCAUUCUCCUCCUGGUAUCACCGCUCUUUAACACAAUUAGUGAAGAGCAUGGAGUGAACCAUGUUUGACUCCUAAUUAUGCCCAGCUUUAGGGAAUAAUCACAUGAGCUACAGCCUCUUUAUUCCCAUUUUCUCCGUUUUCUUCUUCUUUUCCUUCUUCCCAGGGUUUUUCUUGUGUAGGUUGAAGAAGACUGUUUGGGUGACACGAUUUUUUUGUUUGAACUUUAUCAGACCCACGAGGGUUGCGACAAAAUGGUUGUGAGUGUUUGUGUUGCGCCGUGCGGUGUCUGUUGAUGCUCAGAGAGAUGCACUAAAUAAUUCAUAAGGAGGAAAGGCUGUUGCUUUUGUCGCCUUGUUGAGCGUGGAAAGUUAACGCUUUUGUUGUGGUGUUUGUUGUGGUGUUUUGUAGACGUGGGGGCUUAUGAAUGAGAAGUGACUUCCAGGUAUUAAAAGAGGAAAGCGUUGUUCAUCAAAAACAAGGGCCUCGUAUCCACUGUGUUAAUAUUAUUAGGUCAGAGGAAGUGCUGCGUUGUGCUUUUCGCCCUGUAAGAAACAAACUAGCUGAGCUUUAUCUACAUCCCUGCAUACAGGACCAUUAAACCCACAGGGUAGCAAAUCAUAGCAAAAUAUCAUUCCCUUUAACACCAUUAGCUGAGGUGUCUUUGAAUUUAAUUUAGUGCCAGCGCCAUUAAAAAUGACACAUUACCCUGCAAUGAUAGCUAAAUUAAGUCCUAUCGAUUCAGCUGUUGCAUUAAAACCAUGCUGUGGCCAUAGCUGGCAAGUGUUACAGAGAGAGAGAGAGAGGGAGAGAGGGAGAGAGCGUGUGAGAGCAGCGAGCACAGUUUUUCAGGUCUGUCUCGCAGCUUGCCGGCAGUGGAUGUCUCAUUUUGAGGAAGCAGAACCCAGUCAUUUUCUCCUCUCAGAACAAAGAUCUCAGUUUAAAUACAUUAUGUUCUCCGGGAGGCUGGGAUUUUUUACCUCUCUGUCUUGCGUGCCUCUUUGUGCUAUACGAGACAGAAUUAGACUGUUUUCAGAUGCUUGAUGGGCUUUUCCCACAUUAGUGAUUUAACCCAGCGCGUGCUGUGUUGAGAGUAACAAAAAAAAAUCACUAUAACAACAGACCUCGUUCCCAUGAAGUGUACCAUGUGUUGGCACAGAGAAUGAACACAUAACAAUCAUCUCUCCCUUUCAGAGCAGGGACACUUUUCCCUCUGCUUGUUCUGGAGGGCUCAAACCCACGCACGGCCUAUUGUUCCCCCUGUCUUCUUACCCCUCUUCUCAGUAAUUCUCCGAGCUCUUUAUCUGAUUGCCAUCCGGCGAACAGCUGACGCUGAGAGGGGCCUUGAGUGGAGCGGAGGGUCUGAAGGGCCUUGUGUGUUUCUGUCUGCUGUUUUCAGCUCCGAGCUGUUUGAGAAAACAGCCCUCCUUCCCCUAAAAACUUAGCAGAUAAAAGGGCUUCGCUCACAGGCAAGAGCAGCAGCUUCGCCUCCGCAGCAGAACGAGCAGCAGCACAUCAGGACUGAGCACCCAGGGGAGCUCGGCAGCCGCUUGUCUUAUAGCCUCUGUUUCCCUGCAAACCUCCUCGAGUCUCCGGGCUCUUUCCUGUCUGUCCUCCACCAGUACAGCUCACUCUGACUGGGGCACCAAAGCAGGCAGGCAGGCUCCUCUCAGGCAGAGCUGAGGGAAAAGAACUCCACCAGGAACUGCUACAAAGUUAAACAAAAUGGUAAAAGACGGCCUCUUUCUUGGAAUAUUCGGUGGCGUGUACAUUUUCCUUCUGCUUUUGUAUGUAUGUAUAUGUGUUUAUGUGUGUUUGAGGGAGAGAAAAAAAACCCGUAGCGGGAACUGAGAAGUGGGUUGAGGUUUGUGGGAAGCCUUGGUGCAGGCCUGUGUUUGUUUGGCUUGGGCUCCGCUCAAGGGGCUGCUUCUCUCGGGGCCCCCAGACAACGUUGGGCUUACGUUGGCCAACAUUUUGUCAUCAUGCUCAGGUGACAGGUUAAAUUGGGAAAGACUAGCUCUCGUUUUGUUAACUAUGGAGCUCUAUCAACUGCGUGAGAGGCUUAUUGAGCCUGUGUGUUUGUCGGGGUAAGUGUAGUAAAUGACGUGAUCAGUCUAUCCCUCUUUUGCCUGAAUGGAGGAGGAAAUUCCACCUCUAGCCUGCCUUCAUGUGGCACUGAUAAAGCCUUUCCUGUACAGUAGAAAAUCCUGUUUCCCUGUGUGCGGCGGCAGCAGCAGGGCAUAGGGAAUGACCAGGAAGAAGAGAAAGAGGAGGAGAAAGAGAGAAAAUGAGCCGACAUGGGAGUGGAGGGGAAAGAAAAAGAGGCCUUAAAAGCUAUGAAUUUGUUUAUGGACGUUUCUUUGAAGUUAGCCAGCAGAGAUUUAACACUUUCUUUCAGCAUGUGUUUGUAUAUAUAAAAGUGAGUGUGUGUGCAUGUGUGUUUAUUCUUCUUGCUCUAUUAUGUCAUUAGCGUGUGUGCGUAAGUGUAUUUCUGUGAGUCCUCUGUGGGUGUGUGUGUGUAUUUCAAAGUGGGCGUGUGCUCUUUUUCGGCAGAUUAGCCGGAGAAUCACUGUCAUAUCUUAUUUUCAUUUCUGACAGUGGUAAUGAUUAAUGGCGGCUGCGGUGUGUUUGGACUUUUUACCUCUAUAUUUCUCACUUGACAUGGAAGUCUAGAUUGGUUACGGUAUAAACGAACUCCACCGGGCGCUGCCAUAUGUGUUUGGACAAUUACUCACAAGUGCUCCACUUGCAGCGUUGGAAAUCAAACGCCACAUUAACAGUGCCGCGUUUUGCUCUCAUGCAUUAAUGACACACUUUGAUUACAGUGUUUUGACUUAUUGCCAGCUGCUUUAGCGCAUUUCUUCUUAUCCAUCUGUGACUUUAGUGGCAUCACUGAUUGUUUGCUAGCCUUGCCAAGAGAAUGUAAGCAGGCCAAGGACCCUCACAGACUGUACACUCUUGCAGAUGUCACUCUUACUUUUCCUGCAUACUCAUAUGGCCUCCUCUCUCUCUCUCUCUCUCUUUUUCUGUGUCCCUCCCUCCUCUCCACUCUUCCCUGCUCUCUCUGCUCCUGGUUUGCGGUUUGGACUGGGGAAUGUGGAUGGAUGCACGGAUGGAUGGAUGGAUCCCACGCUCGCUUUCUCUCUCUUUUUCGAAAAAAAAAAAAAAAACCUCAGAACCCAGCUUCCUGGAGAGACCAUGAUGACGCCACCUCCACACACUCAGCCGGCACACCGGGGCCCUCCAGCGGGGGACACGCUUCACAGAGCGGCGACAACAGCAGCGAACAAGGUGAGCCAGCACCGAAAUGGGCAUGCACGUGCACGCGCACGCUCACACUCACGCACUCAAACACACAUAGAUACAGGCACAGAUCCAUGCGGGACAUAUUAAUCAUCAUGCACGGGUAGAGUUGCCAACACCUCACUUUAACCCUGUCUAAUGUGCUAUCUACAAUGAAUGGAUGCCACAUCUCUCUUUACACAUGUGACCCAGUCCUUGCUCCUGCACACUGGAUUAUCCUGCUUUUUGACUGGCGUCCAUGUAAACACAUAGUCACACCUAAAAAUGAACAAGCUUAUCCACUACGAGCAACAGCCAGUGUCACACACAAGCCUCGAAGACGGGCUUUCCAAAAUGUUACUAUUUAGAGAGCUGAACAAAAGCUGAUGAUUAAUAGUGUAUUUCUGCCAGUUCUUGUUUGCAUUUAAACCAUAUUAACUUUGCAUGCACAACAGCCCCUAAUUAUGUCUCAGUGAGCCUUGUGUUAUCUAGUACGUGACCUGCCAAACAGUAAUAAUGCAUUUCAAAACAAACGCAUUUGAAUUUAUUACAGGCGGCGUGUGCAAGUCACAGCUAUCUGCCUGGUGUUUUUGUCACGGUCCACAUCAAUUUUGACAUGUAAAUUAUCAAAAGCAUAUGCUAUUAGCGGGAUUUAGAGGUGAGCCGAAGCGUCAACACAUUGUGAGGUUAAAAUUGUUUAUAAAACGCAACUGCUGCCUGAUCUGAGAGAACAGAUGAUGAGCUCUUGGCCUUUCCUUUCUAGUCUUCCUCUUGUUUUGAACGUACCAACGUCUCUCUUUCACUGCUGGCAGAGUGUGUGUACAUGUGUGUGUGUUUUUGUAGGUCUCUUUCUGUAUCCCUACGUGCCCUCGGGCAGUGUCCAUGGUUUUGCAUGAAAUUUCAUCACACCGUCUACACCCACAAACACACUCAAACGUUCAGACUCGCACUCAUAGUGUAGCAGCUCGCUCGCAGAGUGAAGCCGCUUGCGUGUCUGUUGUGUAUCGUUUUUCCCGAUAAGCGAUCACAAGUAUUGAUGGGAUGUGUGUCUGUGGUGGGGCUGUUUAAAGCGUCUUCUGCUCCUCAGACAGGAGCAGCAGUUGUAGACUCUGAACCGUUUCUGACCACAGUCUGAGGGCCGCAGCAGACCUCUGUGGUUGACUGUGUCAGGAAUGGUUGGAUCACGGGCUGCUGUCAGGCUAGUUGUUGUUAACUAGGUCUUGGAAAGCAACAGGGUGUUUCUGUUGAAGAGUAUUAGCAUCAUGGAGGAGUGGGCUAUGAUAAUAUGACACUUUUGACACAGUUACAGAACAAAAACAGGACGCUCUGGCAGAGCAGAUGCUCGCUUUCACCGAACUUACACCUUUAUUCUGAGAGUACAUUCAGUCAAAAGUGAACAAACAUCUAAUUUUAUUGCUAAAACUUAGAGAGAAGUCAUUGAAAAAUUGGAAGUGAUUACAUCAAAAGAAAAUUAACAACUUUUAUCAUCAUGAACUCAUCGUUUAUCUCACUUUUAAACAUGUACAUUUUUUUUUUUUAAUUUUUAACAAAAAUCCUGGAUUUUUAGCAGGUGGAGGGCAAAAAAAAAUCAGUGUCAAAGUUGUAUUUCUGGGCCUGAUGAGCAUUUUUCACAAUUUGGGAGAAGAAUAUUGGAGCUAAUCUGCAGAUUAAUCAAUGAUGAAAACAGUUUUUAGCUGCAGCCUUAAAUGUGAGAUAAGAUAACUGUGCGAUCGCAGUUAGGAAGACAACAUGGGGAGAUAGUUGCACUCAUCUCUGUAAUUGCAGGCAGCAUGGGAGAUGAAGACUGCAGAAACAACAGAAAGAGGAGGGGGGAUGAGAGAAAGAAAUGCACUGCCUAUUGAUUAUCUUACACACAUAAGUACAAGUGACCUGUAAUCCACAGAGCACUUAUCGACUCCUCUCCCCACCGUAUCCAGUAACAGCCGAUCAAUACGGACCAAAGACAGUUACGGUACGGCACCGUGCUCUGGGCCAACAUAGACCAGGACCAGAUCAAGGCCGGAGCCCGACCUGUGCUGAAGAGUGCUAAACACUAGGUCCACCAGCGCAGAGCCUUUCAUGGCAAAAACAAAGAAAGCGGCAUUGACUAGAGGCAGCAUUUUGAAAGAAGGCAAAAGAAAAGCUAUUAAAGUACAGAGGUGAAAGAGUGAGGAAGGUGAAAAAGUAAGCAGAGUGAGAAAAAGGAGGAAAAAAGGGAAAAAAAAGAGAGAGAGGGCAGCUGAUUUAAUGGUCUAAUGAGGCCGUCCUCCAGCCAGUUGUUUUGUGUGAGGCAUGCUCUGACCUUUCGCUUCGCUCGGGAGCCCCGCCGCCUCAUUUUUCACAUUCUUGCAAUUACGUUAACGCUUGAAGCGCUCGCUGACUCCCGACUCUGGCCCUUCCAUUCUGACAGAGCCUUCCACUCCCCAACCUCUCCACCUUCUCCACUCCACUCCACUCCACGCAUGGACUCGCCUCCGAUCUCAAUACAUUUCCACAUAAAAUUUGUAGUCCACACUCUCAGGUCCACAGAGAAAAUGUGAAAUGUGUGCUUCACUUCAGUAAUGGGGUCUUUAACAGCUUGGCCCCUGUUAAAAGGGGUGAUGAUGUGGAUCAGUUGAGAAAGACAGAAUAGAUGGUAGAGAGGUGGAGAGAGGGGAGGACGGGAGAGGGAGAACCCACUGUGCUUUUUGGGUUUCAGCUGCCAAGAAAAACAUUAACUUUCUUCCACCGUCUUGCAUCUCGAAAGGUGUGUUUAAUGUCCGAGUGCACCUUGAAAAACAUUCCCCUCAAAAAUUCAUCCAGAAGAAAAUAAAACUCCAAGUCCGACUCAGUUUCUCCAAAGAAAUGUCAAAGAAUAUGAAAAGUUUUGGUAAGUUUGCCUUCGGUCUUCAGAGAACAUAUAGUAGAAUAAAGUAAAGUUCAUUAUCUUUCCACAAAGUACUGUAUGUACAACGCAAACAGGACUCAAGAUGGUCUCUGCGAGCAGAAUCCACUUCCUCAAUCGCAGCUUUGUAUCUCACAGUUGAGCAUUGCUCUGAACCUGUGCCAAAAAACAAUUUAACAAGUGCGCAAAUAUGUAUCACCCCUCUAGUGGAAUAAUUUAUUGUCAAGCAGUAAACCAAGGUGAAGCAUGCUCAUAGCUGUCAGUGAAGAUUGCCAGUUAAGGUUCUGACACAUAUGAAAAAGGUUUCAGCACAAUACUCAGAUCAGUAACCUCUCUCCACCUCAUGUUCUUAACCGUUUUUUUUUUUCUUCUUCUCUGAGUUUCCCCUCCAAAAGAGAAAAAUAAGAAGCAUCACCCUCAGGGCAGAUUCUGCACUCUCACUCACUGACUCUCAGAGAGUGACUCCCUAUGUUCUGGCUGGAUAAACAAAUUUCUGCUGUUAAUGGGAGAUGGUUCAGAAGGUAAAGCACAAUAACUACACUGGCCCUGAUCGCACAUCAUUUUGAUUAACAGCCCUUUGGAAGUCCUCCAAACUUAUCUAGGAACAUCAGAGACAUCAGUUGCAGGGAGUUAAACUUGAUGAAUGUGUGCGUCUUAAGAUAGCACGUUUUCAAGCUCACGUCCAUAAAGUGAUGCAUCCAAGUUUUGAUGAAGCAUUGGGCAUAUAUACACAAAUCAAGCGCAGUUUUAGCCAAAUGCACUCAAUCAGAAACUGUAAAUCCCCUACACCGGCCCAGCACGGUAGGUAAUGUUUUUUCCCCUCUCGCCGAAUCUGAGAGUGUGUAAGAGUGUGUGUUUUAGCCCACAAGUCCACACUUGUGAUUAUUAGCUAUGCAUGAAGACCAAAUCCACGUUGACAUCUUGAGUGGUGAGCAAAGGGGCUUUCUGUACAAUUCCCCAAUUCUACGGUAGAUGGAAAAGGCUCAACAGAAGAGAGGAGAAAGCAUUUUGUACAUUUUCUCAGCAAUUGAACAAUCCCCACGCUUGGCGGAUAGACAGACUCCCCAGAGAGAUGGAGAGAGGCAGGGAUGGAAGGAGAGAAAGGGAGGAAGAGAGGGAGAGCUUGAGUGUUCGGCUCCGAGGGAGCAUGCUGUGCUUGAUGGUAUUGUGGUACAUUUGUGUGUAUGUGUGUGUAUGCGUGGGGAGUGUGGUGAGCUCCCUUGGCCCUGACCAGGGGCCCCACUCAGCAAGGUCUUUGUGGUUGAGCUCACCCGAGGGGGGUCAUUCCUGGUGGGGACAUGACUCCCUGUGUCCGCCCAGACAAUCUCAGCAUGAACAAGGCCUGUUGAAUUUAGCAUUUUCCGGACCUCUGGCUUUUCUAUUUUUUUUUUUUUUUACAGCUACACUUAAAGAAGAGUGAGCAAAGAGGAAAAAAAAGAAAAGAAGAAACACACACACAACAUAACGACAAGAGAAAGAAAAGCAAAGUCUGUGCUAAACGCAAGAUGGAAGCCUUGUUGCGUUUUAGUAGCCUAUACCUCAGCUCUGGAGUGAUCAGCGAGGUGUGUCUGUAUAUAUAAAAUAUAGUGUGUGUGGGCAUGCACGAGCGUGUGUUAGCUGGUACCCUCUAAGUGCCUGUUAGAGUUUAAUUUAGUGUAGUAAUUAAAGCUGAACACUGGCCCAUAAACAACAGAUAAACAAUAAAGCAGGCCCAAGCCCUGCUGUUUCAUGGCUCUCACUCCCAGCUGUUGGAGGACUGAUAAUUUUUACACAGUGCCCCCACCUUACCUCACCACAACAACACAAUACUGAAGCAACAAGGGUGUGUGUGCGCGUUGUAAAAGUGCGCUCGGGUCGUUUUAGAGGCAAAGGCUGAACAAAACAGGGUGAAGAAACACAAACAUGCAGGAUAUGACCAUUUCCCUCUGAAAAUAAAAAAAAGAGAAAGUAUAUGAGAGUGGUAGCUUUAUUCGAGAAUCAUUUAUACUCACACAGUUGCUGUUUUCCUCUCAUGUCAUGCCCAGGGAGGAACACAAACUGCGAACCCCUGUGUUGAAAAGUGAAGCUAAUGCAAAAGUGCGAAAGGUGGUUAUUCCUGGAGGAACAUUACAGGACAUUAUCGCACUUCUGAAUCUCCUAACCCUAACCCUAACCCUCAUCCUAAUCCUAACCCUGACCCAAUAGACGAUGACGUUUCAUAGCCAUUAGGAAAAACCAAGAGCCCAGCACUUCUAGCCGAUCAGAGGCGAAAGAGGGCGGGACUUUCCCCUAUCGUUACAAAAAAAAAAAUUGCUUCCUGGAGUGUCCACUUAGCUCCAAGGAGACCCUCGCGCCCAAUUGAAAUACCCAUUUUUACAGUAAAAUAUGAUAUACAUACAGCUGGUAACACGCACUUCUUUACACAAACAAUACUUUUUUUUUUAGCAUCUAAAACAUUCUGAAAAUAUUAUAAAGGCUAAAAGUUUUGCUUGAAUUCGAAUAACCAGGGGCGUAGUCGAGUUGACUGGACAGGCAUGAAAGUUGGACUGAGUCAGCAUUUCCACCAUGUCAAGCGUCAUUAUCCUGCUUCAAACCACUUUCCAGAAAAUGAGAGUGACAUAAUUUGAACUGCUUUAAUGGUGGUAAGCUAAAACACUGCCAAAAAGUUGUGCAGGUUAUGACUCUGUUUACAAGAACUCAUUAGCUGCUAGCUUUAGCCACAUCUUAGGCGUCACUAAGUAGUUAUUAAAAGAUCCCUUUUGAAUUGAAUAACAUGUUUUUAACCUUACAUCAAGUUCAUUCAAGUGGUUACUUAUCUAUCUUGUAGGUAGCUGUACUGAUAACAAAAACAAGACAACUCUGCUAAAGUGUCUUUUUUUUUUUUUAGCUAACACGCGCCACUUUAGCUUUGUUGCUACUUGUAAGCUUCAUGUUUGUCAGGUGUCUGUUGUGAAAGCAGUGCAGUAUGUCAAUGUGAUGGUUUGUUGGGAAGGGGCAGGGCCAUUGUUGAAAGCUGAGAAGAGUUGCUGUGGAGGGGGAGAAAACACGGCACGGAGGGGAUACUUUCAUGAUCCCAUUAGCAUAAAAGAGGCUAAAUUAUUCAUGUGGAGUGCUUAAUCUAUGGGGAAAAGUAUAGUUAAUGCACAUAGUUUUAAAAUGGAUCCCUCCCUGCCCCUGCUCUAACACCAGAUUCUUGCUGGAUUCAGCAUUCGCGGGCAUUUACGGGAACGGCUGUCACUCUCCCCUCUCGUCCGCUCACAUAGACAUCGUAUAUGUGGGCAUGGGAGCACUUCUGCGCUGUUGCACUUCAAGCUGUUUCGAGGGGCACUGCUCUCAGGUUCAUUCCCUCCAUCCAUAAGUCCCUUUUCUCUCUCUCUCCUUCCAUUUGUUCCUCCGUCUCUCUCUCCCUCACACCCCUCUCCUCACUCACCCCUCUGUCUCGCUCUCAGUACCGCAGACUACCUGGCCCUCAUCCAAAAUGUGAUUAAAGAGAAUGAUCAGCUCCCUCAGCUCCCUCCUUCCUUCCUCCCUUCCGCUCUCUCUCUUCCUUUUUAUGUCUCGCUGUCUUUCUUCUGACCCCGUGUUACAUUUGUUGAGUCUAUAGAUCAUGAGAAAGGGGGGAAAAAAAACACGAAAACAGCAAAGGAACCGUUAGAGGACAGGAUCAGCUUCACUUCCAGUAACGCAGACCUCUACCCACAACAUCACCACCACUCUAUGCCCUACCAUCCUUUCUCCUCUUAUCAUCUCCGUCUUCCCUCUCCUUUUCUUUCCCCCCUCUCAACUCUGGCAGAGGCCUGGUCCCUCUGGUCCAUAAUCAUGAACAGGCCCCCAGCCUGACCCGGGCCCAACCCAGCCUGGCCCAGCUUGGGUCGGGAACUGGGUCCUACGCAGCAGGAAAGGCGCAUUAACUGGGUCAGCCUAAUGUGCAAACUAAUGUUUGGAGAACAUAGGGAAAAAAUUACCCAGAUUAUUCUGACAGCAGCUGAGGAGAAUGUCUGUGUUGCGCCAUUAAGGGCAAGCUUGGGGGAGACGUUUUUCUCUCUCUCUCUUUUUUUUUCUGUCUUUCUCUGAGGAGGAGAUGAAGACCAGAUUAUCUUUGAGUGCAUGUAGCAUGAUUAAAAAGCAGAAAAGAGGAGGUGUUGCGGGGAAGUAGUCAUGAUUGAGUUAGAGUAAAAGCAGGGAAGUGACUUUUUCUGUCUGAUAUCCAGAGGCCGGGGCCAAAAACAAAGACGGAGUGGAGCUCUGUUGUAUCAGUUCAUUAUACAGUGGGUUUACACACCCAUGUUCCACUGCUGAUUACUCCAGUGCUUGUGGUGAUGAUGAGGAGUGCACAGGGGUCUGAUGUAAUAUGGCUAAAAGGGAUUUGAGCGCGUGCCCCACAGGGCAUUUCCACGUCCAUUAAUGCUGCCGCUGCUGUAUUUUCACAAUGAUGACAGUGCUUCUGUUCUUUAAAGGGAGAGUGUUUUCCCAGGAAAUUUUCCGUCUUGUUUCAGCAUGCUAGCCCGAAGGGGGUCAGCCAAGAAGUCACCCUUUAGAGGUGAUAAUCCAAUUGCUCUAGUCCUCACCAGAUUUGUUUUCCCCUUGUCUGGCAGUGUGUUUGCGUGUGUGUGCGUGUGUUUACAGAGAGUGUAAGCAUGCGUGUGUGAAUGUAAUAGACGUAGAAUGGGAUUCAGAGGCAGCAAGAUGCCACCGGUUUCUUCUGUGUCCAAACCCCGGGCCCCUCUCUAGAUCAGAGAGAGGUUACAGAGGCCAAGCCUGUCAAAGGCACACCUGCAGGGAAACUCCAAAAAACCCUGACUGCCAGCUUACACCAGCCCGUUUAAGGUGUGCUUAUUUGGAGUUUAACCCUGACUUCAAAUGUCCUUUCCCUCUCUCCCCCUUUGUGUUUGACCAAUGGGCCUUGUGCUCUUUUACUUUCUUUCCUUUCUUCUGCCUCCCUUGGCUCUUUAAUCUCUUCCACCACCCCCACCCUCCCAAUUCUCCUCCCCCUAAUAUCCGAACCCCACAUCACAGCUAAAAGGUCCCUCCCAAAAGGCAGCGAGCGGUUUGAGUCGAGUGGCUUAGCAAGGCCGACCAUAGCUUGCUCACUUGCUGUGUGGUUUUUUCCCCUUGUGUAAACCCGAGUUUACCCACUGAAGCCUGUUUGGAUACGAGCGGAGCAGCUAUACCCUACAGGUAGUGCUUUCACCAUGCUGCCACCGUCCAAGAGAGUGGGUGGAUGAUAAAGGAAGUGUGUUACAAUCCGAGUUCUUCCCCUCUGCAGCUGAUUUUCACGCGCACAUCUUUCACGUUUAUGCAAAGCUUUUGAGGGCAUUAUGCAAGAUAAGCUCAUUUUCUAGUCUGAUUCCCACUCUAGUACAUGCUUUAAUGACUCUUAAAGCCAAGGGCUGCUUUUUUAGGCAUAAUAGCACUCCCGCAGACUCUCAGUUUCCAUGUAGCUUUUUCCACACCUGAUCACUUUUGUUUGCCCAUUUUAUGGCUAUUGGGGAGCAGGCGGAGGUGAGCGAUUUGACAGUGGUUAGUGCCAUGAGCCCUAAUGUUUAUUGGAAGCAAGCGUCUAAUAAUUUUUGAUUACCCCAGAGGAGGUAUUAGCCAUGUUAGUCAGCAAGGAUAAUUUCUUAUUUACAUGCCCCAAGCAGUGAGCACUCUGAAGGAACACUGGGGCUAAAUGCGCAACAAAACGAAUCAAACAUGCCAAACGAGAUGCUCCAUCCUGGCUGGCUGCAGGGCUGGAGCUGAGAAAACCUUCAUUAUGCAUUUACCAUAAUUCAUUUAGAGGGUUAUCAAUUUGCAGAAUACAGAGGGAUAUGUUUGGAGGGGGAAGCGAGAGCACCAUAUCAAACGGAGGAAGAGAAAAAGGAACAAGGGAGCACGAGAUGAAAAGGAGUAAGAUAUUCAAGGAUAGCUCAGUGCCUGGAUUUUGAAAAUGUUGUUCCAAUUACACACUUUUCCAUGUUUUCAGGCAGAACUCGCAUGUUAAAUGCUGCAAUCUCGUCUCUUUUACCAGUGUCACGCUCCGCCCCCUAAAAAAAGGCAGAAGCUGAUUUCCUUGUAAUGAAAGCCAUUUGGCCCUGGAAUCCUCGUCGACGCAAUUUAUUUGUUGGGAUUGAGGCUACAUAGAGAUUUUCUUGUUUAAAUAUUGCCUUUCUGUUCAUUUAGGAUUUCUCUUUGUUUGGCUUCUGCCCUGCUUACUCAGUGUGGAGCUCAGGACAGUCACUCCAUGUUUUUCAUUUUUCUCUCCUGGCAACACACACGCAGCAAGAGAAGAAAAAGACCUUUAAAAGCAUCUUUUCCCUCUGCCAUCAGGCAAGGAUGACUAAGGCCCCAUUAGAACAAUUGCAGGAAACUUGGGGAGACGGGGAGUGUUUGAGAGAAUGAAAGCGGUCAAAAAACACCACUAUCUUGUGAUAACCAGUGCUUUCUUUCAUUAUCUAAACACAAGAAAACCCUCCACCUUGGAAAAAUUGCUCUCACUCUCAUUCAAAAAUAAAACAAUGAAAACAGAGGGAGAAAAAAAGCGAGACACAAAAAGAAAAAAAAAAAAAACAUUUAACAUUUUCCAAAGUGAGGGAGGGGGAAACUGCAUUGUUUAGUACGAAUGCUUACUCCCAGGGAUGCAGUCCUUAGACAACUGAGUGUCUGCAGGAGACAUCUGUGAAGCCUGACCUUGUGACCCCGGAAAGAAUGCUCUUAAGGUGGGGGAAAACUGCCUUUACCACUGCAUCAUGGCCUACAGGAUCGCCCAGCAGCCGCACAACAAACCACUACAGAAAACAACAACACAGCGGACUGAGAGUCGAUGAAAAAAAAAUGAGAAAAAGGUGGGAAAAAAGAGGAAGUUUGAGUAAGGGAAGAAAAAACAGGAUACUGUAAAUGUAAAGAGAGGAAGAAUUUAAAGGAGAGGAAUAGAGGGAGAGAGAAAAAAAGGCAGAUAACACGCACGGAAAAACACAGACGGACUCUGUGCCUCAAAGGCCUGGCUGUCUCUUACUCCUUUGCUCUCCCCCCCAACCCCCCCAUGAGAUCAUUUUCAUCCUUUAUGAGUCAAAAGGAAGCCUGGUUGAAAAUGAAAGGUUACACAAGCCAGAGCCCGAGCCCUCAGAGUGAGAGAGGAGAAGAUCCCUGCUGCAAGGGCCCUGCUGCUAUUCAAAGCACCUGCCAUUGUGUGGGCGCCCAUCCAGGCCCAUUGUUGUGCAGAAAUUAGUCGUGCUCCCUUUGGCUCCCUUCGGCUCCAGAGGCAUGCGGCAGACCCCCUUGUUGUUUUGGGUUCAGAUACGUGGUUGGAUAGAUGCGUGGCCCCAGCUACCAUCACCACUGGCUGUGGCCCUUUGCCCUCUCUCCCAAAGCACAGUAUCACUCUCAUUUUUUGUUCAUUUCUCAGGCCAACAUUCCUAUAGUUUUCCCUCUCUGUCUUUUGUACUCCUACUCUCCUCUUCUCCUUUGGUGUAUAUGCUUAUUGUUCUUUGGAGCACCCUCAUUAUACCCAUGGUUAUAUUUUAAGGGCCUCUCUCUUUGAUUUUGGUCUCGUGGGGAGUGGAGUGGUGGGCUGGUGGGAGCUGUAGGGCUGGCCCGGCUCUCAGGGCUCCCUAGCUGGCGUCUCGGAGAGUGGAGCUUGGGGGUAUUGUCGGAGGCCAGGCAACUGGUGCAGAAGCAGCUAGUGCAGGGGGUGGAUGUGAAAGGAAAAUUGAAAAGUCAAUAAUGAAGGCCGCACAAAAAAAAAAAAAAGAAAGAAAAGCGGAGGACGAAACAAAAGGAGAUGGAGAGCUUCAAAAAGCUGAGAGCUAUAGAGCACUGCUAAUUAAUAGCAUCAGAGGAAGAGCUUCUUUUCUUCUUCUCCUUCUUCUUCUCUCUGGAACUUUAAUGCUGCAUAAUAACUCGCAAGACAGGGCGAUUUAGAGUUCACAUUGUGAGUCAGGUCCAUCUCAUUGUCAGAUCAACAAGUAGGAGUCAUGUUUUAUGAGAGAUGAAGAUGUGUAAUGUCUGUCUCGAGAAACAAAUAUAAAAUUACCAGCUGAGUAAAGCUGCUGUAGACAUUUGUAAUGCUGAUACCGUAUUUUUCUGGCCAUAAGGUGCACUAUAAAUUAACAUGUCUAUGUUCACGCAUAUGGCACACCGGAUUGUAAGGCGCAUUUAGCAAAACAACACAGUCCAGUAAAUCAAACUUUAUCUAACUCAGUUGUAACAAAAAUUUGCGGUACAGAAAAGUAGGCUCGAAAUUCAGUGUCUGAGUUAAACAGCUGUGCGAUUUUGGCAUCAAGUAUGCCCAGAUCCCUCUCAUCAUUAUCCGAGUCAGUCUCAUUGCUGUUAUCGGUACUUGGCUGUUCAGCGAUGAUUCCAGCUUUUGUGAAAGCUUAGAUGACAGUUACCGUAACCAAAGUCGUACUUACACAAUUUGACAGAUUUUGAGCGCAUUGUACCACAUACAUAAGGCACGCUGGAUUUUUAAGUGCGCCUUAUAGUCCGAAAAAUACGGUAGCUUCGGGGUGUUUCUUUAGCUGCAAUAUACAGUAAACUAAGUCCAUCUUCACAACCUAAAUUUGAUAUAGACCAGUGUUACUCACUGUUUAGUCUCCCAUUUAUUGUUUUGCUAACACUCAUUAUAUCCCUCUGCUUAACUAACACACACACCUGCAUCCUCCUGCCCUUCCCCCAACCCCAUUGACAUUCAUUUAUCUAGUUUCACCCUUAUUCCAAUUUGUCUCCAAAUUCCCCUUUUUCACAUUGCCAAUCAAAAAGUAAAGUCCACAAAUGUAGAAGAAUAUAACUUUUUAUGGCCAGCAAGUCAGACCUUCAGUGAUCCACACCCGGGUUUUGCAAUUUGUACUUUUUCCCAGCUGUAAUAGCCUCCUCCUCCUCUCUCACUGUCCCUGCCAUACCAAUUUCCACUGCCGACAGCUGUCAAGCCCCCCAAAAUCAAAAUUAGCGCCAUAGAAUUGGGCCUUAAUGAAAUGACCUGCUGGAUUUACCUUAAGGAGCAUGGUGGACAGUCAAUACUCGCCACGUCAAAACCCCCUCUCUCUGCGUGCUGCGGUCCCAUUAACGAAGGGGAAUAGUCUCUAGUAAAUGUAUUAAGCACUACUUCCACCUUUCUAAUUAUAUUUUCCCCUUCUCCUUUCAUAAUUCAUUCACUCUUUCAUUAGUUUUUAAUAUUGAAAAAGGCCUCCGACUGGUUCUUCUUGUCUCGUGGGGUCAAUUAUUUGUCAGGAUGUAUUAGACGGAUUUUAAAGUAGCCCAUGUUGUGUAUAAGAGAUUAAUGCAGAUUCACCCUUAAGCAUGUAACAUGGAAACGUGUUUCUUUUUUGCAGUUUUAGGACCAUUUUUAGUGGUUAAACAACAGUAUUUCAAUCAUAUCAUACAUAAUAAUGUUACAUUAAGACUUAAACUGCUUCUCCUGCUUCCUAUAGAGAGAGGUGAAUGUGUGCCAAGGCCCAGCGGAGGACACUGGGCCCUGGUUAUUGACUUGUAAAGGAGCCGGUAGGUGAGGGGUCUUGACAAGACAUGAGCGGCUGACUCUCUUGUAAAGCUGUAUCUGAUUUCUCUUCUAGUUGGCUCCCUGGAGAGAGCCGCUUUACCCUCUGUUGAUCAGACUCGCACUCACAGCAGUAUGGAAAAACGUGGCGAUAAAAAGAAUGAAAGAGUAGUUUUGUGUGAGGAGACGCUCAUGUUCUGUGUGCUGAAGUUCCCUGUAAGAGAGAGAAUAAGAAGGAGAGAGGAGGGAGGGAAGGAGGGGGAGGUGAGGAAUCAGCUGCAAGAGUACAUGCAGUGUAUAUCUCAGUAAACCUCCUCAAAUUAUUGUUUUGUCGAGGUUUGUGCUGCGGAGUUCUCCACAAGAGCGUCAGGAUUUGUGUAGGUGUAAAAUAAGAGAGAAGUGUAUCAGACAAAGCUGGUAUCAACUCAGCGAGGGCCUCACUCCUCUCAGAUCUGACUAAUUUAUGAGGGUAAACUGCGCUGACAUACAGAGAGAGAGCGAGAGAGAGAGAGGGAGAGAGAGAUGCAGGUGGAGGGAGGAAGUUUUCAUUGACUCCUCCGAGCAGGCCAAGCCAAAGCCCCUGGAGGGAUCUCUCUCAGUUUGAACUUUAUCAGGGGCUACGCUUAAUCAAUACGCUAUCGGAAAAAGAAUUAAUUACUAAAGCAGAAUAAAACAGCUGCAUUUUAAACCGAGGAUUCAUCAAUUCUGUAAUCUCUUGGUUACAGCUCAGGUGUCAGGAGGAUCAUUUCAACUCCAUGUAAUGAGGAACAGUGGGAGUACACUCCAACCCUCUGCCGUCUCCCACUUCUCCCUUUUCUGACCCCCCCCCCCCCUCUUCUUCAACCAACACCCACUUCCUAUCCUAUCCUAUACCACCUCCUGUAAGAGAAGUCUCUCCUUUUCAAUCUCAUUUUCAGUUCGUUUCAUACCUUCGCGGUUCAUCCUUCGUGGUUUUACUGUACGCCCCCCUUCUCGCCCUGCUACAUUCCCUUCCCACCAAAUUCCUGUCUUUGCGGGGAUGGGACGUAGGGGUAUUAAACUUGAAAUCUCUGGUGCGAACACCGACUGGAACGGGACAUUCCCGCUGCUGCAGUCAUCAAGCCGGACAUUCCUCUACUCGGGGCUGGGACACCGCUGGUGCUGCAAAAGAGGGGGGGUUGUUUCAGAGGGUAAAAAUCUGUCUUCAAUGCAAAAAAAAGAGCAUGGAGUCAAAUUAAACUGACAAUCAAAGACGAGGAUCGACUAAAAGGAAAUAAAAAUGCCAUCAAAAGCAUCUGAAAAUAACCUUGGCUGUGGUGUUGCCUCGAAUGCCGCCACAGGCCUUGACCCCGGCCCAAAGCCUGUAAACGGACUGUCCUUGACUCCCCAUAAUGGGGGAUUUCAAGGCAGGUUGAGAAGGGGUUAUGGGUGAUGAAUUGGGUUUUUAGUGAGCUCAUUAGGAAGCCAAACAGAGUUUAGACUGGCGGAGCGGGGCAGCAGUGCAGUAAUCAGUUCUGCUCGCUUUGUUCCCUGCCUUCAGGACAUUUGUGUGAAAAAAGAGAGAGAGAGCGAGGAGGAAAAAAAAAAACAAAAAACUUCAUGGCAUUUGGCUGAUGAGAGGGCUGCCGAGCAGAGGCUACAAUCUGAUGGUUGACUUGUUGAUUUAUAAACCUUUUAAUCCAUUUACUCCACCAAACCCCUCCAGCUUUCUGCAGAAAAGCCACAUCUCUGUGAAAGUUCCCUUUGAUGCCACUGUCCAUCAGGUGUGGCAAAGACCCUGCGAUAAAUCCAAGUCAUGAGUAUAAAAAACAUGUUUGUUUGUUUGGCUUUAAAUCGUAAUUGAGGGUAAGAGAAUCAGAGCCGAUGCUGUAACCAUAAAUUGCCUGAAACGGUAAAAGCUGGUCCGAAUCAGAAAACCACACUGUUUAAAAUGACCCGCAUACAGCUGCUUUCGCUGGUUUACGUGGAAGACUUUGACAUUAAACCAUUCCUAGCAGGGAUUCAACAGCGUUUUCUUCACAAACAGAUGGAUUUAUCAAUUCUUAUUCUCUCCUGCUCGGUUUCUAUUCCCUCUUUUCGCUUCUUCCAAAGUAACGUCAUUCUUUGAAAGAUGAAAAAGUGUGGAAGCAGGUUGUUUUACUAAUGAUCGUGCUUGUUUAGGUUCAACAUAGCCUUGCUUGCUUUUGGGAAAUACCUAUUCUUUAAUAUUUAAUGCCGCAUCAGACCUAAGGAGUUAGGUAUGCUUUUCUGUUGUUCUAUCCAAGCAGUCAUAAAUUAUAGAGAUGGUUCUGUAAAUCUUUAUACCGUUCACCACAAGCAUCAAGAACAGCUUUAGUGCAUGGUAAGGAAAGAAGCAAGGUCCAAACGUAGCAGAGCAGAAGCCUUGUUCGGACAGAUGCAUUGGCAGAUUUGUAGAUUUGUUUAUUAAGAAACAAGGUCCAAACUAAGAUUACCUGCGAGACCAAUUAGUCCCAUUCGAUUCGGAUUCUAGGGGAAGUACAGCGGCAGUGUCGGAGCGCAAGUGGAGCAGGGUGGAGUUGUCAGGGAGGCAGAGAGUGUGAAAUGUCUGGUGGGGACCCAAAGCCCUUCAUUAGCCACUGAUCCCUGUCUGCUGAGUGAGGAGCAGUCAUGGGCAUCACAGCUCCCCUUUUAGUCUCUCCUCCCCAAAAAAAAGAGAAGAGAGAGUGGGGUUAGGGUGAGAAGGGGUGGGAGAGGAGGGUAGCUCCCCCAUCCCCUGCAAUUUAGCCCUUUGCCAUUCAUGCAAAUUGGGUCCUGACAUCUGCAACAGCCUGCCUCCUUUUCUUUUAUACAUCUUUAUUCCAUCGCUUUUCUUUGGAGCUUUUUUUUUUUUCCUCUGCAAAUAAAAGCCCCCCUCUUUGGAUUGCAGAGUCUUGUCUCAGCUGACACGCAUCCUUUUAUACAUACUCCACAUAUGUGAAAUAGCAACACUUUCCUCUGCACUUUGAAUAAUACUCAUAGCGAAAAAAAAAUAAAGUUCAAACUGUCUAAGUUUAUAGCGCAAUAAGAAAAUUGUUGCUGCAGGUAGAAGGUUAAUUGCGCCCGUAGUUCGUCUGGUUUAAAGACUUGGAUUAUGUGCACACUAUGAGCAACCGGUUCUACAUUUUCAAGAUCUUGGCAAAUAAUAAUUAUAUGAAAAGAUCAAGAGAGUUCUGGGCAGUGACUCUGGAGAAAAAGGCAGUAACCAUGCAACCCCCUCCCUCCUCCUCUCCCUCCUGGACGCACUACUCUUCUUUGGCUCCAGGGGAGAAGCUGAAAGGGGAGGGUGGCUUUGCUCCAGCCCUUAUUUUGGGUUAAAAGGUAAAAUAGCCGAACUGGCUGUUAAAAACAAGUUUUACCUCACCCCCUUCCCCUCCCCUCCCCUGCCCUCUCUUUCUCUCCCAGCUCCCUGCUCUUCACUCCAGCCUCGCCCUCUCCUGUUAGGGAUGUGCACAGUGGGGUCAGCGCCGUGCCUGUGAGAGGAGAGAGGCCUUGUAUCGGUGGAGAGGCGAUAGUUAUCUUCAGCAUUCCAGGGAUGACAGAGAGAUAUCUGCCUGAUGGCAGGGUUAGGGGGCUUAGAGAAGGGGCGGAGAAGGGAGGGCAGGAGAGGAGGUACAGGAGGUGUUGAGCAACUACCCCCCCGACACACACACCUCCCUCUCUCCUUCCUUUCUUACUGCCUGACUGCCUCGCUUCCCCACACGUAGAGAGAAAAAACCCAUCUAAUUAGAAGCUCUUAUUCCACUUCAUUUAAGGGAACACUUAAUGAUGUGUUUUUGGGGGGGAAGACAACUACACAUUACUUCUCAUGCAAAAGGAACCGCUCAGUCGUAGCACUCAGGAUGCAGAUACAGCUGUGUUUGAGAUGGAGGUUUGUCCUCUGGGGUGUCAUGGCUGGUGGAGAAAGGAGGAAGAAGUGGCAGCUUUCUCUCCUCCACCUCUAUCCAGAGUCCUUGUGGUAGGUGGAGGGGGGUUGCAGGGUUAAGGAGGAGGUGGGCAUGCGAGUUUAGCAGGGAGACUUGCUGAAGGAGAGAGUUUGUUGUAAUUGCUCUGACAGGUUUUAGGGCUGUUAAUGACUCUGGCCUGAGCGCUACCAAUUUGUCAGCAUGCUUGCUGUUUACUAAGCUGUUGUUUUAUGGUCCAGUGCAAGGGGCUGCUGCUUGUUUAAGCACAGAUCAGGAAAUAAUCAGCGUAAAAAAACACUGGCUGCUACUAAAACAGUCCUGUUUAGAGCCCUCAUCUACUGUAUGCAUGUGAAUGAGCGCAGUAAACCAUAUGGUGCGGUCACACAAACACUCCUGAUGGGUUACUUACUGUUAGAAAUUGGAUGCUCAAGUGUGUGUUUUAUCAUUAAAGGGAUUAUGCUCUACUCGUUAGCACUCGUCUGCGCUGUAUGCUACGUGAGUGUGAAGCAUAUUGCUAGCAUGCGGUUAUAGCCAGAGGAGCUGUAAUCCCCAGAGCAACAGAGGGUCGGCCAUUCCUCCAGUGUGAAUAGAGUUGGUACGUGUUUGUGUAUGUGUGUGUGUGUAUGUGUGUGUGUGUGUGUGUCAAGAGCAUGUGGUCCCAGAGCCGGCAAAGACCCCUUCGUAAAUCCAGAGUAAAUAAAAGGGGUAACCAGACGGACAAAAGAGGAGCCCCCACUGCUUCUCUCAUUCGCUGCCAUUUGGGGGGGACUGAAUGUGCUAAACGCCGCUUAUGUUGGCUGAAAAGUUGAGGAGAAAAAGAGGGGAAAGGGAGGCUCUAAAUCCCCCUCUUCUUUUCUCUUCAUUCUCCGCGGCCAAGCCUGCAGGGCUAGAGGUGGUGUAAAAAAAAAAAAGGAGGGGAGGGCUGGAGGGCCCCGGUCACCAUAGCGUGCUAAGGUGGAGAAGGCCAAAGAAGCGGCUGCUAGCUCUUAGCUUCUGUUCUCCGUGUGCUCUCCUUUCCUUCUAACUUUUCUCCUCUCGCCUCAUUUGGGCGAGCUUGGGUGAACAUGCCUGACUAGUUUGGGCUGACAGCGGGCUUGGGGGGUCUGUUGUAAUUAGUCACUUUAACCACAGCUUCCAUGAGCCACUGCCUCUACACUCUUGCUUCAUUACCCUGAAACAAAUGCAGGGGCCUCACUGUGCAAAAUCUCUGCACAGCCUUCAGAAUAAAACACACAACACCGCACCUAAUGCUUGUUUAGAGGCUUUUCUGUAGGUUUAUUCAUAGUAUAGGGACCAAUAAGUCUGGAGUGUUAUUUUAUAACUAACCAUGACUGUGUGUCGGUGUGUUCCAACUAUUGACAAGUCGUUCUUCAUUUAUGCAUGAGUAUAUAGGAUGUAUGCACUGAUAGAGCAGCAAUAUAUGUUACUUGUGGUCAUAUCCAUAAUGUUUCCCGAGCAGACCAGACUCUAGUGGCUCCCUGAGGGGUAUGGUGUCUCGUAGACAUGAGGUAUGAUUUCCAAAGUCAUUAGGCCUCCCCUGGAUUCCACUUUUUUCUCAGCAGACUGCAGGACACUUUGUGCUAAACCAGUUCUUUGUGCGAGAAAUCCUGAAGCGACCCUGAAUGUGCCAACACAAGAUAAGCAGAGUUGCAGCGUGUUUACAGUCCUUUCCCAACGCGUUAAUGAGCUCAGCCCUGAGACCAAUUUACUUACAGGGAGAUAUAUCUGAAUGCAUUUUUAAUAACCACCCAGUGGUGAUGAGAGAGGGGAUGCAUAUGAGCGUAAUGUGCUCUCGGACUUGUUUGUUUGCCGGCGUGCUCAUUCACUCCCUCACCCACUUUGCAUCUGGUCAUUGUCUUCCAUCUCGCCUGAUUACACCAUCUCCUUCUCCGCGCUCAAGAAAAUAUGCACAAAGUUUCAUCGUGAGCACUUUAAGUCAAGAUAUUGCUAGAAUGGAGGGAGGGAGAAGGAGAGACAGAAAGAGAGAGGGGGAACUAGGAGGGAGAAGAAGGGGGGGGGGGGGGGGGGCUGUCUUUUUUUCCGUCUCCAAGGGCGCUGCUUUUCCAAAAGUGCCUGGGGCUACACUCCUGCACCUCGGCUCCCUCAGGCCUUUCGGCUGCCUCCUAAUAGCCAACCCCCAUCUGUGUCACAUGGCCAGAUGAUGGGACGCUUCCCCCUGCUCUGCCCUGUACUUUUUUUUUCUUUCCCCAUCUUUUUUUCAGAGUGCACAUCCACACAGGUUAGAAUGGCAGAGUUGCCAGGGAACAGUCAGAAGCCAUUAGCGUUUGGGACAAUUUGCCCUGCAGCGUUCCUUCUCUCGCUCGUAAGAAAGGAGUGGGGGUGGAUGCAAAGCACCAGCUCUCCUUUAGAUGUAAUGAGGUUGUGCAAGUUGGGCCCUCUUGAUUCUUUUCUACUCCUUCUGUUCCUCCUCCUCUUUCUCCUUGAUCCUCUCUUUCUUUGUUUCUUCUUUUUAAUCUUCUAUCCACACUUGAUUUUUCUGCAUAUUUUUUGAGAAAACACAUUUCCCUGCAUGUGUCAGUUAAAAAAACUCUCAUCAGCACUUCCAAACAUGUCUAAUCUGCGUGCGCAUGUGAGUGAGAGACGCACACAAGGGCAGAGGAGCCGAAAGCCGACUCGGAGUCCAGUUUCACCCUCGCAGGCUAGGGCAGGAGGCAGCGAGCAUGCCGGGUAAUGAAGUGACAGGUCAGUCUGUAAAUACGCAUGGGUCGCUCCGGCCCUGGCCAGGGGGGAGGCUAUCGCAUUGCAGUGAAAAUGGAAACGUCAAUAAAAUUAAUCUGCCAGCCUUUUGGCCACUGUGUGGUUCCAUUGGAUGAGCCUGACUGCUCACAGCAGGAGAGGGAUUUGUGGACCAGCUCGAAAAUCAACACAAAACCUUGCGGCACACAAACAAACAGGCGAAGUGUGUAUCAACAUUAUUCAGUGGAGCUCAAAAGCAGAGAAACAAGGGGAGGGUGGUUAAAAUUCACAGCUCACCAGUUGUGUUGUUGUUUAAGUUUGGAAGCAAACUGGGGGAGUUCGGCUCGACUUCCGCCUGGGUCGCAUUUCUCAGGAAACCCCUCACAGUCAGGGCAGCGCUACAGCCAGACUAAAGUUUAUUGUUUUAGGCUUUCCUGAACAAGGAUUCGUACUUAGCCUGGGAUUUGUGGCAUUUGUCACUAAUGAACACCCACUCUACAAUUACAACACCCCAUCCCUGUGUCCCUGUUCCCAUAUGUCCGUCAAGAGGGUCUGCUGCUGCUGCUGCUUUGACUUCACACGGGGAGCGCAAAGUCUGCACUUCUCUGUUUCGCCCUUUCGUGUGGUUCUGCACUAAUGAUGUGGAAGGAAAACAGAGAGUACAGAGAGGAAAGAAGGACAGGGAAAGAGAGAGAAAGGGGAGGAAAACGAGGGGGAGAAAGGGGAAAGAAAGUGGGCAAAGUAGUUGGAAGAGAGGGCCCCUGCUGUCCUUGUAUUCUUCAUUUAUUUUGCAUUUGAUUACGACACGAGUCGGAUCCUUUUUCUUUCCUUUUUUUAAUGUUAUUACCUCAAAUAUUUAUGCGAGAUUAAGGCUUAUAUAGGUGCCCGUGAUUGAUGCCUCUCCAAAAACAGGAAGACAUGCGAGUCUGAAUUUUGAGAACGUCAGGGUCCUUCCCUGCCUUAGUGGAGGAGUUUUUCAGAUACAUAAUUUAGAUGCCCUCAAGGAAGGCUUUCAAGGCAUUUGUGCCCGGGGGCAAGAAAAAAUAACUAUGACUCUUAAAAGUAAAUCAUUUUUGCUAAUGCACAAUUAAUGCAGAGGAAGAGGAACAAGAAAAAAGGCAAGGGACAAAGAUGGAAACUUCGAUUUUAAAGGAGAAAUCGUGUCAGGGUAUGUGCAUGUUUUUUCCUCUUGAUAUCAAACGCUGACGGACAUUAAUGCAGGCGAAGCCGCCGCUGGCCUGUCAUGCUAAUCAUGUUGCAGAAUGGGGAGGGGUUGCUGCAAGGGAUGGGAGUGGGUAAAGGAGGACUAAGAAAGUCUGGGUUGAGGGGGGGGGGGGGGGCAGAGGAGUCCAUUAUGUGCAUCCAAGUGCAACAAUGAAGCACCCCAGAUCACAUCCCUACUUUGAUACUUCGCAACUGGAUGCCGUGAAUUAUCAACGCCUUUGAGUUUUGUUUAUAUGCAAGUGUGUGUCUGUGCACGCAACAUGAAUGCAUGAGUGUCUGCGUACUACUCUAUAACUCCUUCCUGUCCCCUUUGGCUCUCUUCAAAAGAUGAGAAAAAAAAUGCUCUACAUUAUGUCAAGCAUGCAAAUUUAAUUGAAUUAAUGACAUGAGUCCGAGUCUCUUGUGUACGUGAAGGCUCCUUGUCCUUUUUUUUUGUCAUCUUGCUCCAUUUUUUCGUGUCCUCCUCUUACUGUAGCGCUCCCCUCACAGUGCCCAAGCAUAACAUUACAUUCAUUAACCCUUUAGCCCUCUGCAGUGCUCCGGGGUAUAGAACACCUCUGUUAGGUCUCUGUGUAAACCCCUCACUCUCUGUUCAUGCCUCCGUCUAAGGCCAUCCAAAUCCCCCCUUGCCUCUAUUUCUUCCACUACAUAACACUGGCUUUGCUCGCCCUCAGUACACUGCUUUUGAAUUCUUAUCUGUGGUAUUUGUCCAUUUAUCCAUCUUUCAUAAGCCUUAAACUCAGCUUUGUCUGUCAGUAUCUCAGUUUCAGCUCUGAGAAUUUUUUAGAUCAAGAACUGUUUUUUUAUGGUACUUUGAGUCAGUGCUGUAGUCUUGGAUGUUAUUUAACCCGGGGUUUGGUUCCCGUCCAGGAGAUGGCUUAGACAACAGCGUUGCAUCGCCUGGCACAGGGGAUGAUGACGAUCCAGACAAGGAUAAGAAGAGGCAGAAAAAGCGUGGCAUUUUCCCCAAGGUGGCCACGAACAUCAUGAGGGCGUGGCUGUUCCAGCAUCUCACGGUAAGCCCAGACUUUACUUUUUUAAGGGGGGGAAAACACACACAUUGUCAGAGAAAUCCCUGCACACACACCUGUCACAAAGUUGUCACUCAGUGGCUUUAGCACUGUGAUGCUCACCUGUCAGCCACCUGUCAGAGGGACACACUGACCAGGUCAACCUAAUCAGUUGGGACUGUUUAUUCUGCUCAGCACAUUCACAGUCAGGGAUGGACAGCCCAACAAUCCAGGACAUCUACUCUACUAUGAGAUACACUGUUUGUUUGGCCUGAAGAAGAAUGUGUUUUCAGGGGCCUGCUGAGUAAGGCCUGGUACUUCCUGGAGAAAGAUAGUGGCGAGAAGUGAUGUAGAGAGGGUGUGAAAUUCUGAAACAUUUAUACCUAACCCUUGAAGUCAAACAUAUUUUUUUAUUGGAGCAGUAUUUUCUUUGUACGUAGAUCAUAGCGGGUAAAGAUUUGUAGCUCUUGGCUUUAAAACGCAGGAAUGAUUGAUCAGGUUCACAUUUAAAGCCUGGUUGACUUUGCAGUUUUUUCAACUUAUGUUUCAGCCUGAGAUAUACGCUGCUAAUAUACUCUCGGUGUAUUUUAUCACAUGUAAUGUUGAUUCAAAGCUGCUCGGUGGUCUUUGACAAGCUGUUUCUGUACGUUUCAGUCUGUUUUUCCCCUGUCUGUUUGUGUAAAGACCACAUGUCCCCCCCACCCUUACUAAUGUCAGGACAUUAUCAGAACAUCAGGCUGUAUUGAUUUUGCAGCACAGGUCAGAUUUCAGGAGGAGGUGGCCUCACCAGGACACAUUAGCCGCUCUCUGAGUCCCGGAGACAGAAGGAUGUCAUAGAAAGAAGAAAAAUAAUCUGGAGAAGUCUUAGUUGAGAGCAAAUUUAAGACGGUCAGGUGCUCCCUGUUCCCUUCCCCCCACCCAUGCCCUCUGUACCCUGAUUACCUAACCAAAACCCCAAGUACUGUGUGGCCAGCAAAUACGGCCUAAUUGAAAGGGCUGUAAAUCCAUUACAUAUUGGUCAGGGAUAAUCAGGAGUGCUUUAAUCACUUUUAUCUAUUCAGGAGCAGUGAAGCUGCAACAGCAAAGCCCUGAGCCUCGCAGGCCUUAGCGGCUCCACCACGCCAGUCUGCAUGCUUAUUAUUCUCAUCAUUAUCAAAAUGACUUCACAGCUGUUCACAGCUCCAUCGUUCCCUGACUGGAGAGCUCUCACCGACGCUCACACACUGGGUACAAUUCAGAGGCUGAGGGCGCAGGAGGGAGGGGGAUAAACUUUUUUUUUUUUUAAUUUAGAGGGAGUUUUUUUACUCACUUUGAUUUAAAUCCUGGAGACAAAACACAAAGCAAAUUUUUUAAAUCAAAAUUUGAAUUAAGCUAAGUUCCUAAAUGCACGCACAAAACACCCUGAUGUCUUACUAAGUUUGACUUCAAGUUGUGUUGGUCCGCACCACAAACUUCUUCAAAAAGAUGCAAAGAUAAAGAAGGAAUGAUGCAUUCAGAGCUUUUGGAAAAGUUGCCGACAUUUUCUUUACAUUUGUUUUAAAAUUGAAUGGAAAGAAAGGAAAGGAAAAGAGAGAGAAAAGGAGCCCGAUGUCGGGCACAGGCGCAUUUUUCAGAGAGCUGGUUCAUUCAGUCGGUUAAUUCAAGGCCUUCCUUUUCUCCGUCCCUCUCUGCUUUAUCACAUCGCCUGCUUGUAGAUGUUCUCUCCAAUCUUUAUUUGUUUCUUUUGUGCGAAGCCCUGGCCAGUCUUGUACAAAUAAUAAUCCCUCCCUUUUAACCUGCCUUCAUUUCUCUACUGAGGAAGAGGACUAAUUGAAUUAUCCCCCUUCUCACCAUCCAGCUCUCCCACCCAUAAACUCUCUCUUACUCGGCCUCUCCCUCUCUCUCACACACACACUCACACCCAUUAGCCAUUCCCCUUUCUUUUAAUUUGUUAAGCAAAUGUAUUUGCUAUUGCGAGAUGCGUUUGUGCAAAGGGGUGAAUUCUUGGGGACUUUGGCCCCUGAAUGGCCUAUAGCGGCAUUCUGCCAUUCAUGCAUUCAUUAACUGAGGGGUGAGGAGUGAAAGGAGCGGCCUUGUAUUUUCUCAAACUGUGGGGGCCAGCAUGGAGCUCCUCUUGCAUGAGCCGCAGGGGUCUCUCUACAUAUGUUCUCAACAUCCAGCCAUUGUCACAUCCUCUGAAAAGCUCAAAAGGAGAGGACCCCCCUUCACACGCAGAAAAACAACACAGGCCAAUAGUAACAACUGUUGGCUUUUGGAUUCAGUAUAACAAAAUUGCCCUCUCUCGCUCCCCUCCCACCCAGCCUCGCUUUAGUCUGACCUCACACUCUCCUGGGAGAAAUCGCAGAAAGGUUUUUAUCAAACGUAUAGAAAUGAACCGCGUUUCACCUUGAAUGUACCAUCAAUCCAGCCGAGCCGAGAGAAAAAUACAGUUUUUAGUACUGCGAGGAUUUCACUGUUACAACACAGUGGAGCUGUGAUAAAGCUGACCUCAUUUAUGUUGAGCUCAUAUACACACACACACACAUACACCACCACAAAGCACGUGAGCUGGCAACCUUAAAUGCCCUAUAUGUAAUUGGCAAAUGGCUGGACAGAUCAGCUGGUGUAAGCUGGCAGAAGAGGGUCAGACAGUCUCUCACCUCCCUCCUUCUAUCCUUCCUCCCACUCCUUUUUCUCUCUCUCACUCACUCUCUCUAAUACCCCCUCCCUUUUUGUCCUCCCCUCCCUCCCUCUCCAUGAGUUUCUGGAUGUCUUCCAGCCACAUUAGGGGAAGGAAAAUCCCAGACUGUUGGUAUAAGCUUUUCAAUACUACAGGGAGAUUAUGUUAUCAGAAAGGUAAACUUCUCUGUUAGGGGUAAAAUGUUCUACUGCACUUCAAAAGCAUCGGGGGAGGAAAAAAGAGAGAGAAAUAGCUGGAUGGGAGGAAUGUGAAAAGAAAUUAAAUAUAUGUUUUAUGUUGUUUUUUUGCAUAAGGUGAUGCCCUUUUGUUUGGCAAAAGCAAACGCUAAAACCUACAAUUAGCCCCUCUGCGCCCCUGGCCUUCCUUCCCUCUCACCCCCUGCUAGCCCCCUGCUAUCCUUUACUCACCCCUGUAAAGACAAGAGGUCGGCCUUGCAAUGAAAACAGGAAGCACUCAAAUCCAAAGAUACCACUCUGGGCUGCGGCCUUGUCUUUUGACUAGUGUAAACCCUCAAACACCUAUGAAAAUAAAUAGGGGACCUCAGGAGCCAACCUAGCUCGGUUGAGAGGGGUUGCACACUCGGGUAUGUGGUAGCGAGAGAGAGAGAGAGUGUUGGAGGGAGGGAGGGAGGGAGAGGGGGCGUGUAAAAGGGUGAGUGGUCAGUCAGAUGGGUAAGUAGGUAGCCCUCUCAAGCAUCAAGCGUCUCAGGUUUUGUGCUGGGCCACCCUUUGGCCCGGGUGUUUGGGGAAAUUCUGUUAAGCUGCUAAGCCAGGUGUAUUGGUCCCUUGGGCUCCUUGAAAGGGAAGUGAUAUAUCCCUCGGUCAUUUGGAAAAUCCUUUGACUGUGAGCAGCAGAAGUGUUGUCCAAAAGUGACGUUAUACAAUUAUUAGUUCGUUGAAUUGUUGUAGGAUUUAUAAACAUUACAACCUUAUGUAACGUUUAUAUUAACUUUAGCCUUUAUGUCAAAUAAACGUAAAAGUUCCCUUUGAGUACAGCGUGUAGGCGUGUGAGUGUAACCUGUUGACGUUAACUUUUAGUAUGAGUUGAUUUUGGCGCCCCCUGUGGACAAAGCAGUCAUCUGUUGUUUGAUUCAGACCAAAGCAAACAAAAAAAUCAUAAAUACAAAGUGGCAGGAGAAACAUUUCAAUUAUCAAAUAUGGGCAGUUACAUCUUAUUGUGUUGCCUACUGUAGCUUUAACAUCUCUGCUCAUACAGGCGCCCACCAGAGUGACGACACAUCUCACUUUGCAAGUAGAUUGUGCUGCAAACAUCAUUAGACACUACUGACAGUAGCCACCCCCCCCACCUCCCCUACCCCACCCUCCUCUCCCAACCCAAGCCCAACAUAGCAUUAGUCUCCAUGACAACAGGGUGUCAUCGUCAGGUCGAGCCCUCCUCGCUGCUCUCUCGACCGCCCUUUAUAGACGCACAUAAAAGAGCCAGCUAGGGUCAUUCACAAGACAUGGGCGAAGGCGAGGCCGGACCCUGGCAACGGAUGUUUGUCCCGGUAUGAUAAACAAGUGUACAAGUCCAUCCCUGUUAAAAAGGAGAGGGCAUGUUGUUUGAGUAGACUAAACAGUCAGCUAUGCAGUGUCCUCAGUUGUGUUUAAGCUUCUCGAGUCUUUCUAAUCCAAGUGUGUUGUUCUAGGAGGAGCGGCGUUUAACUGGUGGAGACACACAUCUGCAAACACUUUGAGAUACCCGAGCCCUUUCUCCUUUUACACUGAUCUGCUGAGAGCUGUUUAUUCCAUAUUUCCUACUUUGUCUCUCCAGUGUUUUGCACGUUGCACUGCACAGAUAGUUUACAAAUGGAUGCAUAGCUGGAAUGUUUUUUCGUCAUCUGGUGCAAUUAAAAUGUCGAUCUAUCUGAGUUCACUUUUAUGCAGCUUGGGAACUUUUUGAAAGCCAGAAAUAUUAUAAGUUAACUACUAAAAGUCAUGAAAACCUGUUUGAAGUCACCUCCUGAGGUUGUUGUGUGAGUUUGGUUAAAGAGUAGGCGAUGACAAAGCAAAAGGAGGGGGGAGGAGGGGGGUUGUUUAGGCGUAAGAGCAAAGGGUGAGGAGGGAGUAAAGAGGGGGCUCCUAAGGGUCACAGAGGUGGGAGCCUGGAGGAGGCCCACACACUAAUCUGUCAUGUGCUCGUUUGCCUCGGAGCCCAAAAGUCAGCCCUCCAGUCACCCGUAGCAACCCAGGCGACAGUUUGGUUCAUCGCCGCUGCCCAGAUCAGUGGGAGACGCAGGAAAAAAAAGUCAUCACAUCACUUUCAGGACAAUGCCAGCUGCUUUGUGUGUUUGCGAAACAGACACAAGUGUCAAUAUGACAGGAUAGUUAGGUGGUGUUUAGCACAGGAGUCAUUGAAAGUCAUUGAUAAUGACUGGAGAAGAUCUUAAUGGGGGGUUGAAGGUUGGUGCAGAGCUAUUGUUAAGUUGCUGUGCUCUUAUUUUGGCUGCUCAGCGACCCUGGAAAACAGAGACGCACGCCACCUCAGUCUGCCAUCUGUUCUACUGGAGAGCAGCUACCCCAGCAUGGAGAUGAAAUCCAACAAAGAAGCAAAAAUACAUUCAUGGAAUUAGAAAUUUUACCCAUAAAUCUCACCGUACUUGUAAAUCAAGUUUAUUUUUAUCUGUAAGUCUCAAUCAGGCAGCCUUACACCCUGCACAGUUUGUGACACCGUCUAUUCUUGGUCCCUCUUGUCAACAAGGUGUUUCUUGUCGACGGAUUGAGCGGAGAAAAGAAUGAAAGUUUAGAAGGGAGAUCGAGUGACUUCCCAUUUUCACAGGCUGUAUAAUUAUAUGACGUGCCGCAUCAACUUUGCCAUCUCAUUGCAGAGCGGCUGUGCUGUAAUUUCCCAGUGUUAGUGUGUCACAGCUCUGUUUACAGUGUGAUCUGACAGAGUUGGUAGCUGCUCCGGAGGUUUUAGUGCUGCAUUAGAAUGUAAUAAGCCCUAAUUCGUUUCAUGCUCCGACAUCAGACCUUUACACUUUGCCCCCUAAUCCAGAUCUGUCAUAGCUCCACUUCAAAGCCAACUAAACCCACGUGGAAUCCACUGACAUAUAAAGCAUGGCACGUUAACCUUGCUUACACUAUUUUGUGUGUGUGAGCUUGUAAAAAAGAGCAGAGAUGUUGCUGUAUUUUACGUUCACACUAUGCCAUUGUGCAUGUGUGGAUGCACAGACUCUUGCACAACACUUCUCCUCCCUCCUCCUCCUUUUUUCCCUCCCUCUCUGUUAAUUUUCAUCCCCGCUGUUUGCAUCUUAAUGCAGGUUGUUUAAUGAAGUAGCAGAAAUGAGCGCUUUCGCUAAGGGACUGUUUACAGCACGUGCAGGAUGCAUGGAGGUGAUUAAGCAGUGUGAAACUUCUCGGUGUUUGCCAAAGAGCAUUCCGCGAGAUAUCCUCCUGUCGGACAACAGAAAAGGAAAAACAGAGAAGAAGAAUGUUCCCUAAAAUGGGAUUCAACGUGAGCGUCGCUACAGGGGUCGUCCUUAUUGCGUACCAGGAGCACAGUGUGAGUUUGAGCGGCCCCGGCAGAGGUGACUGCACAUGCCAUGACCGCAGCAGAAUACAAACAGAGCGAGACCUGUGGAGGGCAGUCAGAUUUAUACACUCAAAAGAGACUCCUCUAAAGCAUACAUGAGGCGACUUCUCGAAGGCCCCGUGAUCAUCUGAGAAUAGGCAACAACCUGGGCAUGUUUCCCUGCCUUUGGCGCAGCAGGGGAAUUGUCUGCCGCUGUAGUCACAACACUGACCUGUUAGCGAGGGCCUGGCUGAGCUAGCUUGGAAAAAAAAACGAGCUGAAUGACGUCAGGCAGACUGUGAUAGCACACAUGCCCCUGGUGGAAAAGCAGGGUUAUUAAGAUGGUGCGAGCUGAUUCUGUGCUGCCUUCCCUUUUCUACACUUUUGGGGUUAUCUUACUCAUAACAAAAUAUAUAAGAGGAUUUUGGUUUCACAUCUUCGAGCCGGUUUCCUUAAAUUACCCCUUACCCUUCCAGGGGUACCACCCUGCAGGCUAGCCUCAGCCACCCCCACCCCUCCCCUUCUCCUCCCUAUGGUUGAUUGCGGGGUUGUGGCAAGAGCUGCUAGAAAACGGUGGCUGCUGCAUGCUGGGGGGACCACAGAGGCCAAUGAGAUUCUGCUGCAGGCCUCCAAGCUGCCCCAGCAGUGCUUUGAUAUUCAUCUCACACCAAGAGAAGAAAAUGCAAAAGGGAAAAGGAAGCAGCACAAGCGUGGAAACAGCAAACCGGGCUAAAGACGAGGAGGGAGGGUGAGAGGGAGGGAGGCGAGUAAAGAGAGAAAGGUUGAAGGAUGGAGGCACCGAGAAGAAAUCAAAAGCAGACCUUGUGUGUUACACUGUUUGGUUUGUCAUGGGACCCUGGCUGCACCAAAUCCCACUCCUGCCAUUUUGUGAGAUUUUUUUUUUUUCUUCCUUUUUUCACCCCUCCCUUCCUCGCUCCUCUCAAAUGCGUGCUUUUGUUUUUGCCCGGUGCUCGGUCCAGGGGCAGGCAGUGGGAUUCCAGCACAGUGGGGUCCUUAUAACUGGGAGCCAUGUCUCUUGUUCUCACCUCUUCCCCCCACCACUUCCUCACCUUUUCAUUUUUUUUCUCCACUAUUGAUAUCCUCUCUUUUUUCCUCACUGAACAUAUGGACUGCUUUUUAAAGAGAGCGCUCAGUCCACAUCAAAGGCAGACACUGAGCGGGUCAAUUUGUUGCUCCUUUCCCCAACUCUUUCCCCCCUCUCGCUAGCCUCUGUGGACCCUCCCUGCAUGGCAGCUAUUUACCCACAAUGCCCUUGUGCUUGGACAGUUCUACAAAGCACAGAUAUUGAGCCAUGUGUUAUGAGUGUCCGUCAAACCAAGCUCACUUCAGGCUUGAAUUCCUCUUCAGCCACAUUCAUGAAACACUAUGAAAAUGAGCAUGUGUGACAAAUAUUGGUCCAUUUAUAGAAAAAUAAGAGUUCCACGGCACACGGAUAGGAACAGUGGAAGGAUUUAGAACUGCAAAAACAAUGAAAUACAGUAGAUCAAUACGUAUAAAUCCAGAUCUGAGCAGAGCAAGCCUUGGAUCCAGAUGUGAAUCUUUCUGAAUAUUGAUUGUAAGGAAAGCUACUCCUCCUCAUAUCCCCAGGCUUGCGGCGACUGACACACAAAGCACCUCUCCUAAGCCCAUAAACUAGCUUGUACUAUUAUUUAGAUAAGGAGGGCGACAACAGCAGCAGCAUGUGCCUCCUAACCCAGAACCUCCUCCUUGGCUCUCAUCCUCCUACCCCUACCACUCUCACUCCUCCUUUUUCCCUCUUUCUCACCCAGCUAUAAAGACGAAGAAGUUAAAAAAAAAAAGAGGGAGGGGGGGCAAAUGUGUAAUUAGCUACACAUUUCUGAAUCCUCCUUAAUGUUCAUUACUGAAACCAGGGGCAAUUACAAGUUCAAAGGGGUUUAGGGCACCAGCAGCCCCGCAUAAUCAGUCGCAAAUUAAGCACAGCUCAUUUGUCACAGCACAGCAUGCACGCCUGUAUGUGCACACAGAAACACACAUGCAUGAGUGCUGUCAGAGUUGAGUCAUAGGCUGACAGGCGUCAAUUUCCACACAGGAACAAAUCUCAGCUACCCCAAGGCGUUAGGUUAGGUCGGCCAAUCCUCUUACGCUCGGCUGCUUUGUUGUCGCCAGACAACGGCAAACACCGCGACACCUUCGCCGUCAGCUUGCAUGACACUACACUGUAUCCUACUUGCGUUCAUCCUCUUAAAAGUGUUCUGUUUGCUCCUACAAUCCCUGACACCACCUGCCCAGUCCCGUCUCCAUUUUUUUUUUUUUUUCACUCGAUCUCCUCUGAGUGUGUCUCCUCCCUCUUCGCCGUGUCCCUGCAACAUGUGACAGUGUGUGUUUCAUGUCUGUCCCCGGAGGUGUAUCUUGGUUACCUCUGGGGCUGGGUCACAAUGGCUAAUCCUGUCUUCAGGUGGCUGUUUAGCACACUGAGAGGAGAGCUUGCAGAACCGGAGGUGGGCUCACGUUACAGGGCUCCCUGACCGGGGGUCACCUCCGACACUGUCAGAACACACACGUGCACGCAUACACGCACUCGGACACAUACAAACAUGCUUGCACACGCAUCUGAUGUAUACUGACACCAAAGUUUUCCCACACAAACACAUUGAGCCUCCUUAUCUAUCCCAGGUGGCUCAGCCUUCAUGUCCCUUAUUCUUCUUUAUCUGUCUACUGUACGACUCCUCUUCCACUCUUUCCCCGUCUCCUCUCAUUCCCGGAUCACUCGCUCUCUUGUUCACAUUAGGAUUCCCUGAUAUGAUCUCCAUGAAGACUUGCUCCAGUGGCCAUGCGUUGCCUGUCCUGCCCGGCACCCUCAUUGUUUGAGCUGCUCUCAAACGAGGGACACAGUCAGGUCUCUGGUGGAUUGAAUGGAGCCCUAUCAUGUGUGGUUCUGCAUAGUGGGAGAGAGGGAACUCAUUUUUCACUGCGGGGAACGACAUCCAUCUCAGCAGCCGAACGCUGGGCUGUUUCAUUAAGUAGCCCAUCCAGGCAGACAGAUGUGUUCCCCACACAGCCAUGUUUGCCUAUGCAAGAGCGUGUAUUAACCCACAAUCCUUUGGGGGAGAUUAAUAGGCUAGCAGCCCCUUUCCAUUGAUUAUCUCCAUGCUAUUUUCCCCUCCUUCCACUGGCUAGAUAUUAAAAACUAAUGAAGCCUAUUGAAAACGGGAACCGCGAGGCUCUUCACGGAUCAUUUUCGGUUAUUUGGACUCAAACAGAGAGGGAUCUCUUUAAGGCACAGUUUGAGUCGAAUUAAGAAAAUAAAUGUGGAGAGCAGUGUUGGAGAAGGAAAAGGGGAAAAAAGAGGAGAGAGGAUAGAGAGUGUGACUGUAAAAAGAUGUGUGUUUAAGAAAAGACAACUCCACUCUGACACAUGGAGCGGAGACGCGGCAGAUGUUAGCAAUUCCAGAGCAUAGCAAAGCAUUCCUAGUGUUGGAACCACGUCCUAAUUGCCAUAAUGGAGGUGGUAAGCGCUGACAGUAAUGGAGUUGUGGGGAUCCAUCCCCAGCAACCUGAAUUAGGGGCCACUUGGCAGAUCCACUUCAAGAUGGGCUGUGUUUUGAAGCCAAGAUGCUUUUGUUUUCGCCCCUCAGUUCUUCUUUAAUUUUGCUUCUGCUGACGGAAUUUUUCCGUCACAUCACCAGCUCUCCACCCCGCCGUCCUUUCCUCCACUGAUGGUUGGCGUAGGGUGCACUUUUGAGAAGAAGGUGUGCGGUAUGGAUUGGUCAGAGAGACCCUAGGCGCCGGGUGAGCAAAGAGUUAAAAGCGUCCAUGUGAUGGGCUCACCUCUGCACCAGGCCUGGUGAAAGGCGGCGGGGUGCUGUCGGGGAAAAUGACUUCCUGAGACAUUACCAUCAAUCACCAGACAGGUCAGGCCCCCCGAUCCCGCCAUCAGGAUGGAGGAGAGGAGAAGAGAGGAGAGGAGGGAGGGGGGAUGGGGGAAGGAGGAUUAGACUAGAGGGGAUGAAAACAGAGAGGAGGAAGCCUGAGUUAAGGCUUGUUGUGGAGCAAACUAUUAACAGUCUCUUUUUCUCACUGUCUUGACUGCUUUAUGUCUCUCUCUUUCUCUCUCUCUGUCUUUUUUUUUUCUUCUUCUAUUUUCCGGUCUUCCAUAAAAACGGCUACCAAGGCAUUCAGGAACGGCCCCUGCUGGUCAGAGUCCUCUCCCCGGCUCAAUUGCAUCAUUAAUUAUUCCUCAGGCAGCGGGCUGGAAGCAAAUCUAAAAGAGAGGAGGAGGAGGAGGAGAAAAAAAAAAGGGAGAGAGGGAGCAAGAGUUAGAUGGGGGAGACGUGGGGGACAGCUGCUGAGCACCCCAAAGUUUGGGCUUGCUUUCACUCUCUUUCCCUCUCUUCUUUCUCUUUCUGUAAAUGAAGGAUGAGGAGAGGGGAGGGGCUUGGGUUACCUCAGCGAGCGGUUGUGUUACAUUCCUGAGAAGGGAAGGGGUAAAGGGGGGGGUGGUGGUUCAACGAGUUGUUGAAAAGAACACAGACGCUUGUCAACAGCCUCCGAGCUGGGGAGCCAUCCUGCCAUUGCUUUUAGGCCCGGAGGUCAAUGACCUUCUUUUGCACCCAGAUAGGGAGAGGUAGAUGAAAACCGAAAAAGAAAGAGAGAAAACAACAGAAAGGUACAACAGACUGCCAUAUGGCGUGUGUCACAGCUUGUCGAUAGCAGAGUGGAGCUGCUUGAUUGUGGCAAACAUGGUAACAAUUAUUCAAAUCUAUAUUACUUUUACAUUUUCACUACAUUCAUGCUUAUUUUCAAGACUUAGUCUCCUGUUUUACUAUUAAAAGGACCAAUAUAUAUAUUUAGCCCACCUGGAUAACUCUCGUUCACCUCUUUCUCAAUGUGCUCACUCUUUCCCUCUACUUCACUAACACACACUAACUUUCUGCCUCCCCCUGAUCUUCUCCCUGGCUGUGCGACCCCGCUUUCAAGUUUAGCUAAAGUAAGAUCUGUUUGAGGGAGGAUGCAGAAGAGGGUGUGCUCCAUUCAUGACAUAAGACAAAAUGAUUGCAACACAGCAGGCAGAAGAGAGAUUGUGUAAUCUUGUUUAUCUUGUUCUCGUGAUCGUAGGAAGUCAAAUCAUAGAUUUAAAUCAGAAUUUGAUUAGUCACCACCUAGAGUUCGGCUGAAAAUCUAAAGACGCUUUCAAACCCUUCGUGUAUAAACGCUGUAUCUGAAAGGAGGACAGGAGACAGUGGAUGGGCUCUGUAAACUGUAGAGUAGGAAGAAGAGAGGGAUACAGACAGACAGGAAGAGAGAGAGAGAGAGAGAGAGAGAAAGCGGCGAGCGCUGCUGGCAGUCGCAGCAAAAUGGCCCAUUAGAUUUAAGGAGUAAAAGUUCAUCAGCUUUAUUAAUGGGCAGAUAUAUAAAUGAAGUAUGAAUUACCUGACUUUUAUGGAGUGGCGAGAGUGAAACUGGAGUGUCUUAUGAUAUAAUGUUUUAGUGAGCUGCUCUGAGCGCUCUGAUGAGCAGGCUGCAGAAAAGAGGAGGAGGAGGAGGAGGAGAGAAUGAGUGGAGAGAGAGUGAGAACGAGUGGGGGGAAAGAGAGGAAGAGAGAGAGAAGUGUGCUGGGGUCCCCUGAGUCCAGUGGCUGGAAGGUUGCCUGAUUGUUGCUAACAUGCGUAGCUGAUCGGGUUAGCUCCAAGACAGGGACGUUCGUAGCUUCCAGGCUUGUUCUUUGCGUGUCAUUAGGUAGCGGAGUUAAAAAAUUUGUCGGCACGGACAAAUAAAAAAAGGUCAGCCACAUGUCUGAUUAUGUUGCUCCUCUACACAUGCGGAUGCGGCUACAAUCCCACAUGCCUGCAGUUGGAUACGCGCAACUUUGUCUAUGAACGUGCACUGACUAAUACAGUACACGCAAGCGCACACACACAAACAUUCUCUCACACACACACACACACACACACACGCUCCCCACCAUCCUGUAAUAAGCGGUAAGCUGAGCUAGCUGAUGGUCAUCCUCCCAUGGGGCUGCUGGGUGGCUGCCAACUUCCUGCCUGCUUUGUCAGUGGAUAAAGCCCCUAACAAACGAGAGGGCUGUAGCUAGGCAGGCCAGCCAGGUCAAAGGUCACUUUGAACCCCCGGGCAGGAUUGAGCCUAAGAGCACUACAAGAAGAGAGAGGGAGAGGAUGGAAGAAUGCACUUAAAGAUUGGCUGCUAUUAACCAGGCCUAAAAGCUAUAUCCCCCUGCUUUACCACUCCUUUUUGUCCUCCUCUCUUCUGCUCUUUUCCUCUCAUCUCGAGUCUUCGUUUUCUUUUUGGCGGCACAUCACAAAGGCAUUUUAACUCUCGUCACAUGUCGACUCCGCUUUGAGGAACAUUAAGAAAGUAAAAGAUCCUGAGGGCAUUUGUCAGUCCGCACAGACCCGUGCAGCCAGCCGCCCCUGGGUGUUGAGCAAUGACAGGAGAUAUCUCCUUGACUCAUACACCCGGAGAUGAAAGGAGAGCUCAGAAGAUGUGCGUCUCUGAAAGGAGAAAAAAAAGUACGCCGUAAAAGAGAGGAGACACAACAGGUAGAGAGAGACGAGGUGGUGACUGAUCAGGGUUUUGUUUGGCUUUGUUCCAUGGGAGUACUUGUGAUCUCAGAUAAACGCGCCUAUGGUUGCCAUCAGCUCUGCUGGUCCUCAUGAUAUGGACAUGAUCUAAACUGUCUGUCCUGGGCCUAUAAGAUUGUCUCUCUCUGGAAGAGGUUGGAGGAGAAGAAGAGAGGGCAGGAAAUCUUUCUCUCCAACCCAGCUGUCCAUUCAGAGGGAGAGAAAAUUUGACAUGGUUGACUUGAACACAUUUAGCAUCAUUAGCAAACAGGAAGUGUCCCCUGCAGCUGUUUUUCAGCCGGGGGGAGGGGGUGUUCCUGCCCGCGCUGUAAUGGACAAAUGUUACCCUCUAUGUUUGCCUUUGAUUUUUGACCUGAAAACAAAAAUUGACAUUACAAAUGUCCUAUGAUAUCUUCCAAAUUGGCUUGACAUUCCAUAGCGGGCCCCUGGGGGUUUCUUGUUUGUCCUCUGUAAGUGGUUGUGCUCUUGUUGUCAUGUCCCGAGGCUCGCUAUUAGAAUGUAGUGGCCUUUCUCUGGAGAAUGUGGAGUCUUAAAGAGGCAGGGACUAGAGAGAGGGAGAAAGAGAGGAGAGGAGGGGGGACAGAUUGUGUAUUUGAAUACUUAUGCUCAUUAAGUUAAUGCACAAUGAAAGGGAGAACCGUCAAGUGGAAGCUCUCAGAAGCUUCUGUUUGAAGAGCCAACACACUCGCUUUUCUCUCCCUCUGUUCGUCCAUCGCUGCGCAAAUUAAUCUGUUUCUGUUUCAACUGAAGAUCAGCCCCACUUUACAUUGACUCAGGAAGUUAAACAAAGUCUAAAGAACACAGCAGAAUAAGGGGAUAAACUUCAAGAGACCCCGUAUGUUGAUAUAAAGUCCUUCUCCCGGCAGACUUUAUCAACAUGAUUUAGGUUCUUAGAGCUUUAUUGUGCUUUCUCAGCAUUUCUUGAAAAGAACUGCAAGCUUCUGUCAGCCAAAAUAGUAACUGAAAAAGCUCGGCCAAGUGGACUCAGAAAAAUACACAGUACACAGUAAAUCUAGUAUUUCUGCACAGAGCCAAAGAUCUAAUAUCUUGCAGGAGGUAGUUAUGCUUUUUUGGCCGAUGAAUUUGGAAUCAUAGAAACAGAAAACUGUUUUUUCAACACAAUUAAAAAAUGAAAAAGUUAUAAAACUUUUUUUCAGGUUAAAAUCUUUGGUAAUAACUUUUGUUUGCACUCUCAUAAUCCAUGCUAAAGGUUUUCUCAUGCCAAGACUCAGUUACGAAAAUCAUUGCUUUUUUACAAUGUGUGCAUACGUCAUUAAACCAGUGCUGGUGUUUAUUCAGAGGCUUAGUCCAGUCACUCACUUUAGCUUUAGCAUGCGCUCCCAAUGACUUUAUGACUGGCAACAGUGACAAGUGGUGUGGAUCUGUAGCCACGGUGGGUGGGUCUUCUAGCUUUGACAGGCCCACCAGGCUCUCUAAUGAUGUGCUCAUGGGCGCUCGCAAAAGGCAGUAAACCUAUAAUCUACUGUAGCCCUCCCCACAAACACCAUGGAGUAUGAGAUAACAGGAGAUAAUUCGAAAGAACUCAAAUGUCGUUCGCUCAAAAGGAAAGGGAAAAGGAAAAUGCUUUAAGUAGCAGACGGAGAAUCCUUUGACUCAGCUGAAGUCAUUGCUACAAGAUGUUAGUGAGAUUUCUUCAGAGCGAGUAGCGAGCAUGGCUGUGUGUUGACAUCAGGCGAGUUGGAGAGCUCAGCAGCAGAACAGAGCCGGGUGCCCCUGAGCAGGCAGUUACCACAACAAAGCCAACAGACUGGUCUGAAAAACCAGGCCAAAUUCCUGCCCUGUAGGACCUGGCUUAAAGCUCCAACGGAAACUUUGAAAUGGGAGGGGGGGAGAUGAGAGGAAGAGAAGAAGAGGUUCGAGUGAAGAGAGGAUACGAGACGAGGCCAGACGGGUUAGCAUACAUCGAGGAAGAAAAAGGGAUAGCUGCUGGGGCCUACGUAUGGAGAACGGCGGGAUAAGGAGAGAUGGUUGGAAAUGAGAGAGAGAGGGAGAGACUGAGAGGAGAGAGCAGGCCCCCUCUGUAAGGAUGGAGGGAUCGUAUUCCUCCUCUUGAAAGCUGUGUGGUGGAAAAAGAAGCCAUGAACUUGAUCUGACGAUUAAAUAGGCACAUCUCUAUGGCUGCAGGCCACAAAUGAGACCAGGUCUACAAAGCAGCUCGCACACUGUUUGUGUAUGAAACUGUUGGCAAACUCCAAUAGAUCCAUUAGCAGUUGGGAGUUUUGGUGGAUUUUUUCUUCUUCUUCUUAAUAAUCAUUACAGUUUUCCCAGUUUUAUUUUCUUUAUUGGAUAAAAGAGAUACUUUGUUAUCAUUAUGCACGAUAGCAUUUGGAAAUACAUCUCUCUCUUUUUGCGAGUUGAUCCGUAAAGUCUGGAGGUGCAUUGGGAUUGUGUGGGAGUGAUUGCUAUUUAGCCUCAUGCAGCUUGGUACAAUCAGAUGCCUGUCUCUCACAUAUCCUCCAGGGCUCCUUCCUCACCCUCUCCCUCCUCCCGACUCUCCCCUUACCCGCUUUGCUCUUACCAUAACUUGGCAGGCGAGCGGGGGCAGAUAUGCCGUAGAGCUUCUCUACAACCUUGCACCAUCUCCACUGAACAUAAAUUAAUGGUGUAGAGCAAACAGGCUGCUGGCUGAGGUCCAGGAGUUGGCUUCAGGAGCCCAGCCAGCAAUUGUUGUGGCGGGCCAUGGCAGCAACAGCAGCAGUAGUACUGAUGCACUGCCAACCAACCAGCCAGCCAGCCAGUCAGAGAGGCAGACAGACAGACUGGGGGCCCUUUUUGCUCUAUAGAUGCCGCAGGCCUUGCCAGUCCUCGCCUUGUAUUUGCAAUCAUCGCCGUUUUACUGUCAGAGGGCAGUCCGCUGAGAGCCCUUACACUUACUGCAGAAGCUGUGGUGUCUGGUGUGAGGGAGACAGAGGUGUAGUGGUAUGUUCUGAAUGCUGAUUGUGUGAGGUGUAGAUAUGGAUGUACUUUCAUUUGCUGUUAUCAGGGGUUGGCAUGCAGUGCGUGUGCUUCAUAGGCUGGCAUCAUGUGAGUGCUGUUUAUAAGUUGGCUGUAUCUGUGUGAGUGUGGGUUUCAGAGUGAGAAAGAGAGAGAGAGUGCAAAAGGUUUCAAACAUGGAGACAUGUGGCAUUCUUGUCUGUUUUCAGACUGUUGUCAGGAAGCAGAGUGGGUCCCUGCAAAAUAUAAAACAAACACCUCAAAAAAGCAGCCGGAUCUCUGCCACCCCUACCCACCAAAGGAGACAUUUAGAGGAGUGGGGAAAGUGUGGUGACCAGAAUAAAAGCCAUAAGAGUACACUAGACCUGAAAUGAACGCCAACUAAUUUCAUUUUUGUAUUUGAAAUAAUCAAAUAAAUCUAAAAACCUUAAACUAUUUUCAUAUAAUUAUUUCUAAUUAUUCCUAUAGAUUUGAAAACUUAGGUUCUCAAUUGCCAAGAAAACAUGGCACAUCUUUUUUAAUUGUCAGUUGUCAAUCUUUUAGAUGUUGUCAUACAGAAAUAAUUAACUCUAUCCCUCGAUUCAAACCUCAAAAUCUGUCAUAGAACUGCAGCUAAAAGCCUCAUAUUGCUCUGUGCAUAGUAAACACUUGUGACAGAUCCGCUAACUCUAUCUGGAUUUAUUUGUCAUAUCUGUUUGAUCUCUCAGUAAUGCGGAUAUGCAUUCAAUCUCAUUGUCAUUUGUCAAAGAAGCCAAUUGUGACAAUAUUAACCGUGGGAACUUCAUAUUUAAAAUGUGCCAAUCUUAGCCCAACUCAGCGCAGACUCCAUAUUAAAAUGUCAUUCCUAUAUUUGAUUGCGUUUAUUUUCUGACAGUGAAUAUUAUUAUCAUCCUGCAGUCACUUUGAUUAAAAACAAAUAAGAUUCCAAUCAAUGCGAGAAAGGCGUAUAUGAAAGGGGGACAAUAUUGCUGGAAAAACUUAAAAUGAGUCCCAUCAAAUAAAAUCUUUACUUUGAAAAAAAGUUAUUUUUGUAAAAAAGUACAUCAGUUUGGGAAAUCUACAUAUGGAAUAAACAUGAAUAAACGAUCGGUAACUCAAUCACCAUAAUUUACAUAAAUGGUAAAGUUUAAUUAUGUUUAAUCAUCACUUAUAGACCAAUUAAAAAUGGCAAAUAGAUAGUUUAUUAAUUUAAGUUAAUAGUUACUUUACUAUUAACAAGCAAUGAAAUUAUGAUUAAUGAUUUUCAUUCAUUAUUAAUGGACUAUUUAUUAAAGGUUUAUAUAGGGUUUAAGUAUUGGUUGUAAAACACCUAGAUUAAAAUGUGUGUCAGUAGCACUUUGUAAAUGGUUAAUAUUUGGUUUUUAAACCAUCUAUAAACAUUAGGUUUUUAAAAUUGUAACAUUUACAAUUUAUUAGUGGUCUAUAUGCUGUUUAUAAAUGAUGAUUAAACAUCAAUAAACUAUCUGCUUACCAUUUAUAAAUGGUCUAUUUACCAUUUAUAAGUUAUGGUUAUUGUAAAGUGUUACCAAACAACCUUAUAAAAAAUAUAAAUGACCUGAUAACACCAUCAAAGUGGCAAACUACACCAAUCUUGAUUGGUAAAUCCCCAGUGUUGCCAUGACAACUAGGGGUAAACAGCCAAUGGCCUGUGAUUUCCUGGGAGUCAUUAGCAUGGAAUAGGUUUUGCAAGCCACUGCAACCUCGCGACCUGGCUCUAUAACUCAUGUCACACGCUGAUGAUGUCAUUCAUCAACGGGGGUCCACCAGCCUUUCAGGCAAGAGGGCUGCAGGUUGGGCGAGGAGGGGUGGGGUGGGGGGUAGAGGAGGGGGUGAGAAGAAGCGGUGAGUGGAGCGGGAGGGGGUUUGAGAACGGAGCUGCUGGGAUAAUGAUCGGGCUGUGGGAUUUGACGACGGCAGCAAAUAGGUGUCAGGAGAGUAUGAAUGUGAUGUAUGGCGAGCUGGAUGUUCAGGGAGUAGAUGGGGUGUGGGUGUGUGCGAAAGGUGUGCGUGAAGAGUGUGAGAGCGAGUCUGGCGGUAGAUGUGGUUAUUGUGUACGGUGAAAAAGGCAAGCUGGGCUCAGGAGGGGUUUAAGGAGCGAGCACAGCGGAUGAUGGAGCUACCUUUAGCUUGUAAUGUUCUGCAACCACAGGGGCCAUUACAUCCAGCACUAUCAGAGAGCACAGAGAGCAUCACACCCUGUAAUUUAGCCAGCAGUCGCUCACACUCACACAUACACACACACACAAACUCACACACAUAUAUACAAUUGGAUUCUCAAUGACUUGCAGUGUGUGAUCCACCUGUGUUUAUGUGUUGAUGUUUGUCUCUGCCUUUCCAGGUCAGAUUGGAAUUGGACAACACAUUUGCAUCAGAAAAGUGCACACUCGCACCAUUAACAGGCUCAGGCAUAAUUAACAGAGCUGUUUCGAUCGCGCAUGGCAAAUUGGAGCUGCUCAUUUCUGGCUCUAAUUAUUUAUAGACCCGCUGUUUUACGUUUUGCGGUCAAUCCUCUUUUAAGGAUAUUGGCCUUGGUGUUUGUAACUGAACAUAUUGAGCGGAUCCAAAGCUUGUGGGGAAGAUUAUCAAUACCAUCUUUGAUCUUGCUCGGUGUUUUUGUUUCAUCCAUUAAAUAAGCAUGUCAUACUGUCUCCUGAGGGGAGGGAAGGACAUCUCCAGGAAGAAACACAUUAGAAACCGAUUUAGCCUUCUGGUUUUAUAUGUUUUGUUAAUAUUCGCUCACAAUUUAAUCACACGUUUUCCAUAUCAAUUUUUUUUUUUUUGGCCUGCUGGGAGAUGUAGUUUCAUAUUUUUUACUGAGGCAAUUAACAUCAAGAGGUUACUCAGAGGUCUAAAUAGCCGUUCUCCAAUUUCACGGCUGCUGCAGCCUUGUAACCACAAGGCCCACCAUGCCGACUCACUUCUCAUGUCCAUGUGUGUGUGUCCAAGUGUGUGUGUGUGGGUAUGUCAUUGCCACCACACACCAUUUUCUGUAGCUGAGAAUUCACCAUGCUUUGAGGAAAGCUGCCACAGCGUAAAGUGUGGGUGGCCUGCAGUCACAGCUAUAAAAAGUGUGUGUGUGUGUGUGAGUGAGAGAGAGAGAGGGAGGAGGGGUGAGUUAGGAGAAGCAGUCCAGGAGGAAAAGGGCAUUUUCUGUGCAUCUUUGUGUGUGUGUGUGUGUGUUUGUCAGUGCAUAUGCAAGUAUUGAAGUUGCAGAGGGGCAAUCUAGUCUGACGUAAGGAGCAAAGGGGUCUGAGAGUGAGUAAGAGGCUAGGAGGGGGAAUGAGCUGAACCAAAUAGGAUUUUUUUCAGUGUCGUGUCUAUGUGGUCGGAGUAAAUCUCCUUACUCAGGGGUUUUGUGUGCAAGGGGGGCUUUAACGUCCCCACUCUCCUUGAUGAGACAUCUUUCUUGUAUGUUCGAACCAUUCAUUACGUGGUGGCUGCCGGACGAGGUACGCCGCUGGCCGGUGUAUUUAUCACCGAGCUAAAGCGCGCUCUGGCUGACAGUAGGCAAUUGAUGACCGGGUCCUGGCUCUAGUGGCUGAGGAAGCCUUAAUACAAUGUAGAUGACCCACUCCCAUUUCCAAUUUAGGCCGCUCCCCCCUUCCCACACACACCUCCGUACUUCCAUUCCACAUCAUCUUUACCUACAUCUCAAUUUGUGUACGUGACCGCUCGUACGUGUUUAUGUUUGUGUAUAAAACAACAAAUAGGAGGAGGGGGUGUGUGUUGUGUUACAUUUGCGAGCGUGUUUUGAUUGUGACCGAGGUCAGAGCUAAUGUGAAAAAGCCAAGGAAACGCAGGAGUGUAUGGAGGCGGGACAAAACUGCAGUACUGCAUUACACACAAGCGCACGAGGAUGUGGAUGUGUGUGUCUGCUCUUUGGACAUGUUUACACACACACACACACAGAUACCAAAAGAAAUUGCACUAUCUUCUCUUGCCAAAGAAAUGUCAGCACCAGGCAAUCAAAAAUUGUAUUUCUAUGCAAGCUUUAUUAUCUUUCCUUUGUUAAUGAUUUUAGCAUAUUAAACGGAACUACAUACACAAGUACAAAUCAGAUUAAUCCGUCUCUGCAGCCAGGCUCAUUAUUUGUCCAAUCUUAGCCUUGUUUGUUAUUAAUUGAGCACAUUCCUCCAGCCGUUUUUUCAUCUAUCCUUUAAUUAAAACGGACGACGUUUAGAGAGGACAGUGCUACCUGAAAGGAAAAAAAAAAACUCCUCCUUUGUGCUGAUAUGAAACCUCACUUACAUCAAUUAUUCCAGCAGCGAAUGAGAAAAUAGUUCUCGAGCAUUUGUUAUCAUUUCAUGUUAAAACUGAAUUCAAUUAACACAAGCCAGGCCGACGUUAGCAGGCUUUAUGAAAUUUGCUUUCUCAGUGAAUGUGGAGGAGGAAAGGAGCUAAGAAAAAAAGAAGGGUUUAAGUCGUGAGGCGAAAGGUGUUUUCCUUGAGGGGGAAGAAUGUGCUUUAAUGGAGCUUGAAACCAGAGGAGGAUUUAAGUGUCACUUUUAAAAAAGGCAUUUUUGUCUGUUGUGAUUUGCAGGUGUCAUGUCUGUGAAUAUUUGUGUGAGUGUGUAUUUCUGUCUCUCUGUGUGCACGCAUGUUCUCUGUCUAUAGCGGCUGAAUGAAACACAUAGUGUCUCAUUUGUUUCGUUUGCGUGCGCCCCGACUCCUAAUCUGGCCCUUAAAGACAUCUGUCACCAGCGAUCACUGUUGUUUUGUCAUGCUUCAUAGCAAGCCCAGGGGGAGAGAGAGGCAGCCCAAGGUCUGCCAUUUAUAUCAGCCCAUGUUCUCUAGAUUGGACCUGACACAAAUAGUAUCAUUGCAGCCCAGGUCGCAGAAUUACAUUUUCAGGUAAAAAUCCUGGCCAGGCUGUGGAGGAGAUUUCACAGCAUUCUGUUCUCUUAGCAUUAGCCUGUAUUCAGCUGCUCUCUAUGAAAGAGCCACCACCAGGAUACAUGACAGACAUUCAUGGAAAGAUAAAUGUAUUUACUGCAAAUCUGCACCCACUCAUUCUUUAGCCUGGUAUUAUAAAAGGAUUCUCCGACACCACAGGAUCUGCUCGAAAAGUCCUGUGUGUGUGUGUGUGUGUGUGUGAGAGCAUAUGUUAAGUCUGUACACUAUAUGUUGUUGGUGUGUGGGCGGGGUGGGGUUAGGGAAGGGGGUUAUCACGGUUGACAGUUUUGACAAACUUGUUCGGCUAGCUCUGACAGGUUUAGCGCUGAAUUGUGUGUGUGUGUGUGUGUGUGUGUGAGCUGAUGUGUGGGUGGACACGUGUAUGCUCUGUCUAUACUGUGCAAAGGGAGAGGCAGGGUUGGGUGGAGGUCAGGAGAAGGUGCAGUCUUGGGUUACACAAUGCAACAAACACGAGAACAUAUUGAAUGCAUACAGUAAUAGGCAAGAGCCAGGAACCUGACUCGGAGCAUGUGUUCCCUCGCAGGCCCUCUCUUUAUGAGCUCUUACAUGCGUGAAUGUUUAUGUUAAUCUCGAUGUCAAAGGCGCUCAUGUGUGUUUCCUCUCUCUUUCUGUUUGCCUCUCUCCGCAGCACCCAUACCCGUCUGAAGAGCAGAAGAAGCAGCUAGCCCAAGACACGGGCCUCACCAUCUUACAAGUAAACAACUGGUGAGUCAAGAUUUCCGCUCGCCCUAUCUCCACCACCAGCAUCGCUCUGCCUUUCAUUUUCAAAAGCCUUCGCCUCCCUCUCGCCGCCAAGUGUGAAAAACCGUUUAUGUACAGCCCUCCCCGUGGCAUAUAGACACACGCAGCACAUGCACGCACACUGACAACCUUUGUAGCGUUAUUAUAUGUAAGCUAGCAGGAUGUUCCGCUGUUAUCAGCGGAGUGUUCUGCGGCUAAGUCAGUGGUCUUUGUGGUGAGACGUGGAUGUAUUUGAGGGAUAUAUUUAAGGGAGAAAGGAAAGACAUCAUAAGCUACCCCUUCAGCCCCCACACCCACCCCACCCUUUUCCAUCCUAAAAACCAUACCUAGUACCGCCACUGGUCCCCCCACAAAAGGCAAAAAACUGCCUUCCACCCCCUCCCCGUUCUACACGAAGCUAUAUGGUGGAUUAAGGUUUUGGUGGCCUGGCCAGCAGGGCCUUUGUAGAUGGCUUAGCACAUAACUGGGGGUGGUGGAUUAAAUAAAAUGAUCACAGAAGCAAAGAAAUGAUACAGGAAUUACUUAUCAAAAUACUAGCCCAGGUUUUAUCUGCAGCUUAAUUUUGUUCAGUACAUUCUCAGGGUGAUGUUCAGAUUAAUUGAACUGACAGCUUCCUUUCAAAUUUCCAGCAAGGUAUUUGCACGGAUUUCAGGUCUUACACAAACUUAAUUAUAUGGAACCCCAUUUUAUCAUUCUAAUUCCAUGUAGCGGGGGUUCUAUUUACAAAUGACAAGUCUGUGCCUUUUAUUCACAGCUUUCCUUAAUAUAUUUAUCAAAGCCGGUUCAUUUACAAAGUGCUCUAUCUGUUGGGUACAGGCGGGCCGACAUUAACGAAGCUUUUAGGUUUAUCAGACUCGCAGCCUGACAAGCCACCCGAGGGUCAAUUGAUUUUUUGGUUUCUGUGAUACAUUUUUUUCUCAUUUUUUCUGGAUCACAAUGAGAAACAUGCCUGGAGAAUUAGCCUGGUUGUCGGCCUUAUCUAUCAGCCCCCACCCUCCUCUUCCCCUCCCUCAAUUCUGACGUACUCUCUCUCUCUCUCUCUGUCUCGCUCUCUCCCUUUUCUUUAUUCCCUUCUAGCCAGGGGAAGUCAAGCUACUUAAAUUGGCCACAGGAACCGCUGUUAUCAGACUUUAAUGCACCCUACAGUGUGGAUAGCAUUUCAAUUACACCAGUAACCAAAGAUUAGCCCCCGCUUGCCUGUUUCAUGCCUCGUGCCACCGUUUCAGGACGCCACACACCUUACCUACAGGAGCAGAAAAUUGAGUUGCCUUGCCUGUGUCAUGGUGAUUAAUGCAGAAAUAGUCUGCAAACCUGCGGAGGAGAGAGAGAGGGGGAGCGAGGGAAAGAAAUAGACAGAGACAGAGAUAGAUAUAGGAAGAGUCGCUGCCUUCUUAGAGGCCAUGAAAUCCAAGCCUGGCACUGAAAUGCCUCAGAUCCAUUUAUAAAGAGGUCUCAGGGAAUCUCAUGCAGGGUAACAUCCUUAUGGACACACGCACACACGCACCAGCACUCGUGUACACAGAGGAGGUUAUGGAGCUGUUUAUUAAUGUUACACCAGGGGUGUUAACAAAAACACACCAGGAAUCAAUUUUCACAAAUAAACUCAUUAGAGGGGCUUAGAGUCAAAUCCGGUGCAUUCUGGGUCAUUUUUAAGAGACAGAUGAGAGAAACAGAAGCAAGUUAAGUCUUAUUUCCUUACUAGCUUACACCUUAGCUCUGUUUGGGGUCUGCUCUUGCCUUUAUUCUUUGAUAUCUGGUUCAAGUGGCUGCCGUUCACCCAGGAUAUGACAGGACUUUGCUGCGUGGAAUUCCUGUUUCCUUAAAAAAAAAACUCUUCAAAUUCCUGGCUGGCCCCUUGCAUUGUUCUGUAGUUCUCUUUGAUGCACGACCGCUGCCAUGUUACUGGCCAAAAAGUGAGAGAGAGAGAGAGAGAGAAAGGGAGGGAGAGAGAGAGAGAGUGAGUGAGGGAGAUAGAGACAGAGGUAGGGGAAAAGACAGAAGCAGAAGAUGAGUGAGAAAGCAGGGUGGAAGAGGGAGGGGAUUGCCGCCGUCUUCGGUUUCCAGAGCUCUCCCUCGGGGAAAGGAUGUGCUGAAUCAGGGCUUUGUCCGCCGGCACAAUCGCAGCCCGGCGAGGGCACAAGGGUGCUCUGUGUGAAAGUCAAUAGACAGUGCAUGAUGCUCUCUCUCUCAAAAUUUACCCCAUCAGACCUCCACCUCAGACCGUUUGCUCCAACUUACACCUCCCUUUGACUUCACCUGCAGCUCACCUGUACGCAUAGAAAAACAAAACUAGACUGCAAACCUUUUGUCUCUGAACUACAGAAAAAACUCUUCCUGCUUCUGCAUAUCUUGUCUAUAAUAUCACCCGGCAGCUACACCUGUCUGUAGCCCACACUUCAUAAGCUUUGAGAUACUAAUAAUGAAUAAAGGAAAGGUUAAAGUCCACAAUCUCUGAUGAGGAGGAGGACUUGAUUAUCCUGUUAAUAGUGUCCACCGUGUGUGUGUGUGUGUAUGUUAUGCACAUUAUAUCUAAUGGUCCCCUGUGCUUACUCAGUAUGUGCAUGGGAUGUAAUGUGUGUGUACAGCAUGUCAGGACACCAUUAGUUGACCAUUAAGUAGCGUGUUUGCUCGGCUUACAUUUGAGACAACUGGCGUCAUGCUAACAGAAGCGAGGAGUGGUCCGACAUGUGAUUGCAUUUGUUUAAGAUUGUGUCAGGAAAAGGUGAGGGCCGUGUCACACAAGGCAUUCUGGGAUAAUAAAGCGGGUGAAAUGGCAGGUUCAGCGGGAGGAGAAGAAGAAGAAGGAGUAGCAUUUACAGUUUACAGUAUCUGCUGGCAUAUUUGGCUGCCUCAGCACCUCCUGUUGUCCCCGCUAUCAGUCUAGGCUAAAUGGGGCCUGACCGAAUCCUUUCAUGUGUCAGCGUCAGACCCAGCACGAUGUGGCCUCACUCACUCAUAAACACACACACUGACAGCUAUCCCGGCGCUGGCACACACACAUACAGCGAACAUAACACACAGGAUUAUUACAUGGGCCUGAGAAAUGACGCAGAUGACAGAUGACUGAGAGAAACAGAGGCUAAAAAAAGGAAGGAAAUCGUCCCCUCAUUAUUCCCUCAUCUCCCAGGCAGCUGGUUGGUCCUCUCAAUAGUAGAGAGAGAGAGAGAGAGAGAGAGAGAGAGAGAGAGAAUAUGUCAGUUCUUGGCAUCUAUGAUGACUGACUGCUGUGCCACUGGAGCACUAAUAACAAUAAAGAGGGCAAUAAGCCACACUCUAUUUUUACCUCUCUGCCUCUUCUCCACAGCCCAGGGGGGAAUACAUGCAUAGACACACACAGACACACACACUAACACACUAACACACACACACACACACAGGGGAGAGGCUCUAAUUAGCGGCAGAAAGGAAUACAAUGAGUGAGUUAUUAAGACACAGGGGCGGAUCACAGCCAACCUUUGCCCCCUGUCAGAGCACAGGUCACAUGAUAAGGGAAGGAUAUCCGCCAGACGACGGCGCCAAGCGGCCUGUGCCCACUGAGGAGACGAAAUGAGCUCAAUCUCUGCAGCCGUUCAAGGCAGGGCAGGGUGCACUGUUUGUUUUUCUUUUUUUUUUUCUAUCCAGACCUUACCUGUAGGCACCAAAUCACAAAAGAAAGGAUCACGAUAAGUUUGCAUCAACCUCAGUCUGAGCGUAGCUGUGUCCUGUAAACGUGCGUUAGCCAGUCUGACAAGUUAAUGUGGUAAAAAUAAACUCUAAAAAGAAAGGUUGAAAGGAUACUGCGGUUUAAAAAGUAUUUUCAACUUUUACCCAUCUGUGUAAGACUUAGAUCCUCCUCCCAGAUCGUAUCCUGCUGUAGCGCAGCAUGCAGAUAAACGAGUUUAGCUAGCUCUAAACUGACUGCUUUGCAACUCUCCUCACAGCAUGUUCCCAGUUCCCACUCAGAUCAUCGUUUUCCCUCCCUCUCUCCCUUUUCUCUCCAGACUUCUUAGAGUUUAAUGCACCAAACAGAGGCAGCAGGUUCACAUGCAGAUUGUUAGUAACGGUCAAACACAUUUAUUUGUAAAAAUCUCAGAACAAGAAAGCGAAAAACCGAAGCCAAAUUUGUUCCUCUACUUAGCGAAGCAUUUUCCACCCUCUUCCUCGGUCCAAUGAGACACUAAGGAACACUGGCUUUUAUGAUUUUUUAUGAUUUUUUUAUGAUCCUCUGGUUUGGCGGGCAAGCCCAUUAUGAAAUGCAAAAUAAUAACUAAUAUUUUCCAAAUGUAACACAAAGCUAUGAAGCCUGCCCAGCCGCCUUUUUUCUUUUCCACAUUCUUCAUAAGUAUUUAAGUCUUAUGAAUCUCUCACACAGACUUCUGAGGUCCCUCUACCCUCUUCUCAGUCUACUCCACAUCACCGCCUGGUCCUCACUUCUUUUUCUGCCUCAUUGGUGGUGGGCUAGUUGACUGAAGUUGCUGGUUAUCUGUCUAACUUUGACCCAGAUGGAAAUGUCAGGCUUUUUUUGGCUCCAACCAGGGACUCCCGGCAGUGGCCAUCUUCUGCCCCCCUGGCUUUCUAAAUAUACAGCUGGAGUGUGGAGAGGUUGUGGCUGUGUGUACAUGUGUUUUGCGUGUGCAUCUAUGAAUGUGUAUGAGAGUCUGAGCGAGUGAGUGAGAGAGAGAGAGAGGGAGACUAUCGGGGCGCUGCCAACACAGGCAUCAUGAUCCCUCUCAUUUAGGGACCGCUAAUUGGCAGUUAAUUAGCAGAAUUGACUCUGUUGUCAGAUCCCAAGUGCCAGCCCCCCUACCAUCACCCCCUACCAGCUAAGUUCAUUUGAUCUGGCUGCUUUUCUUGAUGCUGUAAUAAUAAUCCCAUUUUAUCUGUUUUGGAGGGAGAGCAGCAUUUGGAAAAACAUAUUUUCAUUAUUGGCAGAGUAAACCCAGAACAGGCUCCCUGUUGUAGCAGGUUUCAUUUUGUUUCGCAUUUCACUUGUUACACAUCCAAAUAUCUGUUCCUGGUGCAAUCUAGACACAUGCUGUACUCACAGGAAAAGCCAGGGGAGUAUUAAAUCGCUGCUGCUAAUGGGCCUACUGCUUAUUUCUCAGGGCACAUUGGGUCAAAGCGUGGCGUGGUCGCCCGCUUUGGCCAGCGCCCAGUUUGAAGUCGGUAUGGCGUUAUGGAAAAACAGGUGCUGCUUUAGUUAAAUUGGCACUGUCUGGCAAUCAUGCACAAAAAAUGAGAACUUUUUUUUUUUUUUUUUUACUUGUUUUCUCAUUACAAGACUCUACAAGGCGGUGGAAUUCUCCCAGCAAAGACGGCAUGCAAGGAGAGCGAAGCCAGACGAGGCAAGAUAGAGCUGAAAGAGGCAUUAGAGAGAAAGCAUUAGAGAGGGAUGGGAGGAGGGAGGUCUUUGUACUUCUCUGCUCCUUUUGGCUCUUUUAUUCCUCAACGGCUUGGUUUUAUUGGUGGGUCGUUUAAUAACAAGGGCUCUGCGUUUGAAAUAAAGUCGAGCUGCGUUUGCGUGGGCGAGACUACUUUUUUUUUUUUCUCUCUUCAUUUUAAGAUGGUAAUUUCUGCACUAGGGGUGAGAACUGGGGAGAGAUGGAGAAUAGAGAGGGUGAGAGAGCAAGAGGUUGAGAGUGUGGGAUAGGGAGAAUUCAAGGAGAAUACAAGCGAAGGAAAGUAGGUUAAUUUAUUUCAUUUGCUGGAAGAGAAAGAACUUAAAAAGAAGGGGGAAAAAAAGAAAGGUUGGGUGAUAGCAAGAAGGAAAGUGUAGGAUGCUGUUUUCAUGAACAAGCAGCUUAAUGCACACGGGCAGCCACAGUAAGCCUGCCAGAAUCUCCCUGUGCCUGAGGCCAUCUGUGAGCAGAAUAGCAAUUUUAUUACUUUGUCAUUAAACCAAUUUCACAGCAGUAUUGUUUGUUAAUGAGCAGCCGCAAACGAGCGAAGAUGUCACGUUCUAGAAUAGCAGCAAGAUUUGUGACCCCACUUCUCCCGCGUUUCAACCUGCGCCUCAUUCUUAUUCUUCUUCUGCUCUUUCUGCCGCCGUCUUCUUCUGCUUUAACAUCCUUACCUUACUCUCCUGCUUCCAUCCUCCCUCAUCCCUCUCCAUCUUUCUCUCUCUCUCCGUUAUAGGGGUCCCUGGCUCAUAAAAAGGGGGAAACUGCUGAAAGAUAAAAUGCAAAGUCUAUACAGUCAAGUCUCUGUUUAUGAGCUUCCAUUUGCCUUUAGAGCUCAUUGGGACGAAUGGUUUUCUCCGUGGGCUUUCAGGGGCUGUGCAGCUGGAAAAGCCUGCGAUGCUGGCCUGUUACUUCGCUCUGAAGCUUACAUGGGUGCCAACAGCAAGUGCCAACAGAGGGACUAGGCGUCUGAAUAGGUGCAUAAGUCCUUUGGAUUGUAUGCUAGGUGAUGUCAUGCUUUUUUUUUUUGGUGAUGUUUUUUCAAAGUUGUUUGGAGAACCGGGCUUGAUCGCUGCUUUUAUGUCCGGUGGAUUUUUGAUUUAGUGGUUUGCCUAAAGAGAAAAUCAACCUCCAGUAUGUCGUUUUGAAAAGUCUGCUUUUGCCAUGUGCAUCAGCUGCUAUAAGCAUCUUUAUGGCGAGUCACUCUUGUUUAUGUUUUUGCUCUGGAGGUUACUUGGCACAGAUUCUCUGUCUUUUUUUUUUGCGGCGUCUGACUCAGAGAGAUGGACAGACAGAGAGACAAAAAGAGAGGGAGAUAGAAGGGGGUGGAUUUAAACCGAGACCCCAGAGGAUCAGACAACCUGACAGAGUAGAUUUGGGAUAAUUAGUUUUAUCUGCUGGGGGAGAUAGCCAGAGGAGCUGUGUGUGAGGAGCCACAGGGUGCUGCAGCAGCGUGCGUAUAUAUCUCAGUUUGGGAUACGCUUGGAUGAAUGUUGUGUAUAUGUUUUGCGAGGGAGGGGUAUGGGUGUGUUGGGGGGGACUUAAAAAAGGGGAUAAAGGUGACCAGGUGUAACAGAAUGGCCUUGAGGGUGAGUGUGUGUGUGUGUGUGCAUGUGUGUGUAAGUGUGUGUUUUGGAGCCAGAGAGGACAGGAGCUCCUUCUUUGGCUGAGCUCUUUAAACUCUGUGAACCUCCACAAGGUAUUUUCUCUCUGUCCAGGCAUGCUCGUUCUCUCACUCGUUCUUUCUGUUUGUCUUUAUCUCCCUCUUUCACACUUUACAUUCCCUCUCUCUCUCUCUCUCACUCCCCUUCUCUCUUUUCUGUUUGGUAUACAGUAACAGCAUGUAAAUAAGCAUGCUCCUCACUCUUUGCUUUGUUUUUGUGGUGUCGUGUUCAGAAAACAACCACCCCCUGACCUCGCUUCCCCUCCUAAAAGACACAAUGAAAGAGUGUCUGAAGAUAUGAAAAGAAACGAGGGGGUUGUAAUCACAUCCUUGACUAUGUGUUACUCUUACCUGUUGUAUGUCUCUGUGUGUGUAUUUCCGUAGCUGUGAUUCAUGGCCUCGUGCCCUCUGCGGCUUUGACAUGCAGGCCAAUAAGCCUAUCAUGGAUGACCCUAUAAAUCAAUAUAGCCCUUUGUUUGUUUAAGCCAUGCUCUGCUCUAGUUCAGACCUGUUAUGGAUGAGAUAUCAGGGGAAGCAAUGCCAAGCUAAAAAAAAAGGGGGAGGGAAAAGCAGAUGGGGUGAUGCCCCAAAAUCUUCUCCAUAUCAAACCUGGUAAUUUGCAAUUUGGGAAAAGGGAAGGGGUGAGGAGUGAAUGCUGCAGCGUGCACACCAGCUCGCAUACACACAUGCAUGCACUUUGAUGAAGUUAUCACAGCUAGCUGGAGGAAUUAGCUGCUAUUAGCCAAUGCUAUAACAUGCAUAACAAGAUGCAGAGAUACAAAGAAGGAGCAGGAGAGAGAGAGAACAAUGAGGGGUAUAUUACCCUAAUCUAGGGUUUUUCUCUACUCCUGGGCUUAUGAAUAUUUAUACCUCCAUUACCGCUGAUGAUGUUUCAAUUGGGAGACUGUGUGAGCAUGUGCAGCAGAGAGGGAAUCACUUUUUCCCUUGUUUAGAGUGGAGGGCACAUACUUUCAGCUCCUGCAACACAUAUCUGCACAAUUGUCUUCUUAAAGGCAUCUUAAAUUUGAAGACGAAUAUGAACGGUGGCAAAAUUCAGAGAUGUAAAAAUAAAAUUUCUGUUUAACCUGCAAAAUAAAACAUUACAGAAGAAUAAAGUCAUCUCUAUUUUUGGGUUUAUUUCUAAACCCUUCGUGAGGAGAUCGCUCAUGACAGCACGCAGACUGCAAUUCAAGCUCUAUAUUCUGCAGUCUAGGCUGAAUUGAAUGUGGCUUUUGUGACUCACAGAGAUUGCUGUAUUUGUUUCAGGCUGUCACAUAUGAAGGAGGCCAGUCAAAGCUGCACACAGUCAGUGUUCGAGCUGAUCUGAGAGGCAGAGGGCUUGCUUCGGGCCACCAGGCACAUCAGAGUCCCUGUGGUCUGCUCCUCAGUGUCACUGCUGCCUCUGCCAGCAGUCCCCUCCACAAACAACAGCUAUUUAUAACACCAGGCUGCUGCUGCUGCUGCUGCUGGGCCCUUUUUGCCCUUAAACUCUGCUUCUUUCUGAGCGUGCCUUCACAUGUGUGUCUGCAUGCUCUGUGUGUUCACGCUCAAUGUAUGUCAGAGCGAUUAUGUGCAAUUGAAACUCCGAUUAAUUAUUCAAGAGGGAAGUCGGAGGCAGCAUUUGACCAAGGACUCUCGUGGUCACUGUUAUGUGUGAGAUGCAAACACACUCAAGUCAGACACAUCAUGGAAAUGUGCUCUGUGGAAACACUCACUCACACGCCAGAGACACAAUGAUGAGAAGAUGAUGACAUCCCAGUGGGAGGGAAAAUCCCUUUCCAAACACACACACUUAAACACACUCACAUGGUCCUGUACCCAGUAGUCUGGCUCUUAAGUGCAAUGACGCCUAAACCCAGGCUUUAGAGUAUUUCGACAGUCUAUCCACAAGGUUUAGGUGUCACUUUUUAAUUGCUCAGACUGCUGUGCAUUUUCACCGAAUUCACGGGUAAUAGAGCAGCGAUGUGAGGAGAAUAAAAGUCCCAAUAAAAGGAAAGCAGAAUAGGCAUGUGUGUGUAUUUUUGGGGGACACUUUUCCCGUACAAUCUCCAAUUGGCUCUGACUCCGACUAGUGCAUUUUAGAUUUAAAAGCUUAAGUUCAUGUGCGCAUACUCAAAAGUCUACCCAAGCAUGCAUGUGUGUUGUGCGAGGUCGUAAAAAGUUGGAGCCCCUCUUGGCAGAUCUUUCUUCUCCUCUUCUUCUUCUUUGAGCUGAACCCAUUAUAGUCUUAUGAAAGGAGGGAGAAGAGGAGACGUUUGAUAUGAGGCACAGGAAAUAGAUUGGCCUUAUUUCCUUCCUGGCUGCCGCGGCGCAGACACUUGUGUUGCCUAGACGAUGCAGCCAAUUGACACUCAAUUUUGUUUGAAAUAUCACGCCUCUAUCAUGUCAUUAUCAGCUUCCCCUGGUAAUCCACAAAGCCGCCCUGUUUGAUAUCUGACAAUAAGGAGGAGGUGGCGGUGGUGGUGGGGGGGAAUCAUAGAGUUGGGGAAUCUCUCUCACUCGAUUACCAGGCGGAGAGGAGGGAAGAAAGGGUCGAGAAUGAAAGGAAAGCAAAAGGAGAGGAAGACAAAAGAAAAUAGAGAGAGGAAGAGGGUGCAGGAGAGGGCUAAAAGAGUCACACGUGUGUAUGAUAGGAGUGGAUAAAAACAGAGAUUAUACCUGCCCUCCCUGCAGAGACUCACAAAGGAGCCCAACAGGCUGAGCAUUGUGGGAAAAAAAAGAGAAAUCUGGGCGAUAGGGGUGGCACUCUGCACAAGUGAGAAAAAGGGGUGAUCUUGUAAGCACACCCACUCAUCUCAGGAGGGCUGAUGGGAAGGCUGGGUUAAUGAUAGUGCUGGAUUCAUUCUCUCUCUCUCUCUCUGUUAUCCUCUGUGUGUGUGCCAGCCUGCCAGCAUGCCUACGUUCUAUUUCUUGCUGGCCCUGCAUGAAAGCAGGAAGCCCUCACCCAUUAGGUGAGGCGCUGUCUUAUGAGGAAUGAGCGCUACCUUCCAGCGCUGACGGCCUCUGUCAUGGGCUAUGUGCUGGAACCUUUGACGAGGGGCUAAUAUUGACAUACGUUCGAUGUUUUUGAGACGCUCUUCAAAUAACACAAAAAUCAGCUGUCGGUCCCUCAGCUCGUGGGCUGGCACACGAUACCUUUUUGCGCACCUAUACGAGCUAAUAGGAUGCUCUCUGAGGGGUGACGCAAAGAGAUUUGGAUGAACUCUUCCCUGAUCUGGUUGUGAUUUUCACGAAAAUAAAAAGCACCGGGAAAACAUUCCAGGGCAGAGGAGUCAGGCUCUUAGGAAAAGGAGGUUAAUGAUGGGAAAUAUUAAGGGAGCGUUUGUAAGACAGAAAGAGAAAGAUGAGAUGAUCCCACCCUCCUUCUUCACAUCAGAAAACAGGUAGAGCUAGGGCAGGUUAGCCACGCUGGGUUGCUACAAUAAGGCCUCUUUCAUACAGGUGUGUUGACGCCUGGGGCAGGCUUGGCCUCGGUCCAUUCCAUUCACCCUAGCUGAUUUGAACAAUAACUAUCAUAUCUCUUAAAAGAGAAGGGAGGGUGAAGCGUCAAGACGGAGAUGCCUGAGAGCUGUGUCAGGGCCAAGAAAAACCCUGCUGCCGUUGUCAGAGCUUGUUGAUGUUGUAGUAAGGAAAAAACUGGCAAGUUUUUUUUUUUUUUUUCUAAUCCCCCCACCACCCCUCCAUAACCCCCACAUUUUUUUUUCUUCCCUGCCUCUCUCUCCCUCCACUUUCGGCGUCGGAGUCAGUGUUUUUAUGCCGUAGGACAGAGUGUGGUGAGGAGACAGAGGAACAAAGUGCUGCUGUGUGGAGCAGCAGCUGCUGCUUGCCGGAUCAAAGGGGCAACAAGCGUGGUCUUCCUGGCCCAAUGCUGCACUGGAGGUGUUUGACGGACAGUCAGCAGCUGGGGCCGCACAGCCCGCCAUGCAGGGGUCAGGCUGCUGGACUGUAGGGCCCAGGGGUGACAUGCCCUCACUGGACAAGGAGGGAGAGGGGAGAAGGUGUUAGAUGGGAGGGUAAAUAGAGGGAGAGAUGUCUAUGUUUGUUUCCUUUGUUGUUAGUCUUGUGGUGCAGGCUGCAGAGAUGCUGCUGACAAUACUGCUGCAUUUUCAUGACAGACUGUGUACACUUAAUACUUCUAAGCUAUGUAUAUUAAACAAAUGCAUAUGUUAUUUUAUUCACUAAUUUUCUUUGUUAGUUACAUUUUUGUGUGAUAUGUGCAGGUUGGCAAAGCAAGAGUAGAAGCUAGAUGAAGGAGACAGGAGAGCCAUCAGCUGCCACAGCUGAUUAUGAAAUCAUGGAUUCAACUAUCAACUACUAACAUCUUAGGAAAUAAUUAGCAACAAAACAAUUAAGUCAUCUAUCAUCAAAUUCAUCCCAAAACAGGAGGUUAUACAUCAAAAUUUAGCUGAUAUGUUGCUAAAUUCAGCUUCUGCAUGGUAAUCAUUUUGCACAAAAGCUUUUUCUAACUGGAAUUUCGUUAAAGAUUGCCUACCAUUGAAGGUGGUUUGUGUCCCUGGAAGGAAAACAAGCUACCUUAAUAAUCCUUUAUUAUUUUUUCACCGUGAAAAAGCUUAAGAUCAAUCUGUCAUCACAGUUUAUUAAUACCUAGGUUUAAAAAAAAUCACAUUUUUGCAGUAGUCGGAGCCUCGUUUCAAAGGUUAAACCAUCAGUAGAAUAGCACAACACUACACACUGCUGUGAUCUCUUUUUUGGUGCUGACAGAAAAGUCAAGCGAAUAAAGAGAGACACACAGAGAGCGAGCGUGCUGCAGUGCUAUUGAUUUAUUUUAAUUAGCUGCUCGUUAAAUCGUGUCAGUUUGCAACACAAAUAUAUAAUUCUUUGUCUGAUUUUCCACUCGAGUCUUAAUGACUCGUGCUCCCCGGGUUUCAGAGAGGAAUGACUUCUGCAGCAAGACUGACAGAGCAGUGCAAAUGCUGCUCAUAUGAGGCUGAAGAGAGGGGGGUGCCACAAAAGGGCAAUGAGUGGAGUAAUAAAAAGGGAAAGAAAAACAGGUCAGUGAAAGUCCAUGGAGGAGAGGUGAAACUGUGCCCCUUGUAGAGGCCGACAAAAGAGCGAGAGGUGGAGGUGGAGGUGGGGGGGGUGUAUGGAUGAGAGAGAGAGGAAGAGAAAGAGAGAGAGAGAGAGGUAAAACUAUGUAAACACAGUGGCUGCCCUAAACGUGGGCCCUCUCUCUGACGUUCCUAAAAAAUGAUCCCGCCUCGCUCUGCUUCACAUCUGCACUAAAUCAAACACGGGGGUGAGGUAAUGUUCACCCGGCUUAUGUCUCUUAACUCCUGUUUUAGCUUAAAGAAGGGAAGAGGGGAUCGGAAAACGGACAAGUCGGUGUCUGAUAGGACGAGCCUGAGGAAGCUUCCUCAUUCCUCCUGUAUCUAUUCUGUCCUUGGAGGAGUGAAGCCCGUGAAAAGCUCCUUUGUGAUAGUUUAUGAUAAAUCCACAGAUACUGGAAGUUCAGUCUGGUGGCAAGCGAUGUAUAAACUGUAACAGGGGGGGCCUGUUCAGACCAUGUGAGCUGAUUCAAUCAGUGUUGUUGACACUACAGUAGAUCAGUGUUGGAGGUUCAGUAGCCCCAGACUUCCCCACCGUCUGAGUGCACCAUAAUUAGUGUUUGCUUACACAAAACACACCCUCCUCAUGGGGUUAAUUUGCAUGCACUUCCUGGUCAAAGGACACUGAAUGUUCGCCUCCUUUUUGCCCUGUCUAUCUUUUUCUUUUUUUUUUGAGGGGGGAUCAAACUAAAGCCUUCCUCCUUUGAUUCCACUGAGUUGUGACUCAAUCGCUGGAGGUUUGGAAUCUCUAUUUCAGUCUAAAGCACAAGUAUGGAAGCAAUGAUCUUUAAUAGGAACCAGAGGACGGCCAUGUUUGCGAGCAGCGAUCGGGGAUUGAGUUCAGCACGUUCUUUUUCAGAUUGUGUUGCAUCUAAUCUCCCUGCAAAGACAGAUAGAGGCCAGGGAAUAUGACUGACAAACGGAAACUUGCCUCCCCACCCCUCCCCUGCUUAUGCAUACGAGCUCUCAGAAUGAGCAUAUGCAGGUCAGCCAUGAAGGCAAUAAACUGUCAACGAUUUCUGCGCCACUUUUUCAAAGCCGCCUUCUCUCUUUGCACGCUCUGCGGAGCUACAUUUGGAGCAGUCUGGUGCUCAUUUCUCCAAGAAGAUAUGUUCAGUAUUUCUCUGUUUCUCUCUCUGGCUCUUGCUCCAUUUCUUUCUUUCAUCACAAACUCGUCAAACGAGUGACCCUACUCCUGAUUGGCUGGGUUCCCUCCAAUCUCCACGGCAAUUGGCCGAACAAACAGUGACUCUCUCUCUCUCUCUUUUUCUCGCUCGCUUUCUCUCGCUCUUUCUUGUCUGUCUGCCUCUCUCUCUCUCUUUCUCCGUUGGCUGUGCUCCAGGGUAGGGUGGUUUGGCAUGACGAUUUCUCAGGGAAGGAAUGCUGACAACAGGAGCGAGUUACCAGGUGUGGCUGCGAGUCAGUUAACCAGAAACAAGGCCUUUCUGACAGAUUGAGAUGAGGAAGCAAGAAAAAAAAAUGACAAAGAAUGAACGCAGGCACUGAGUCAGACCGACUGGUUUGCUGCGAUUUCAUCUUCAGACUUUAAAUAACCUUUUUAACUUUAGCGGUGCAUUUAGUUGGUUUCUUUGAAAGACAGUCCAGAGGCUCGACGCACAUUUGAGGAUUAUGUAAACUCCUAAUCAGACCUUGGUGUCUCCUUCUGCCUCCGACCCCCAGCUCUCACUGGGUAUAGCAUAACAUUGUAUGCUAGCCAGGGCAUUUAACACCUGUGAAGGCACUCUCUGAAGCUCCCCCCCUGCGUGUCCGAGCAGAUAUUAGUAACCAGGGAAGCCGUGUUGAUCCAGCCUCGAAGAGACUCUGUGUCAAGUGGACCCCUGCUGCCCUGGCUCCAUCAUUCAUAUCUGCCUGUCAUCUUUCUCCACAACACACAGAGUGCUAGUAAACUUAGCGAUCUCUAAGUUGUCAUGCAGAAGGCCUUCUUAGUCCGCAUCCACAUGUUUGCGCGCACAUGUCCACUCACGCAAUUUUAAGGGUAUGUCAGUAAGAAGUGCUACUGUUGCUCAAUUGGCGCCUGCGUGUGAAGAAUGCGCUGACAUGCACACACACAUACACACAUGUUGACUCACAUGUGCGUACAUAUUCGCAUUGCACGAGCAGUUUUUGAUAUGCAACUUGAAAACGUGUGGAGGGCUAAGCGGCUAAAAAGAAACUAGCUGCCCACAUUAAACAGCGGUGGACCGCCGCCCCCACCCGUGCCGCUUUCUCCAGGGGUAAUGUACACAUUCUGAGCUGUAUCCUGAGGAAUGACCCCCACACGACCCCCUAACCUUGCCUUUAAUUAUUUGUUUGAAGACAGCAUGGAGUUCCCAUGCUGAGAGGUACUCUGUGUACUGUGUGUGCACGCAUGUGUGUUGGCGUUUCUGUGCGCUAACACUGAGCAGAGGCAGGCCAUAAUAAGCUAGACCACCAGAUGUAGAUAAUAAAACAUGGGCUUUUUCGGUUGGAGGUUUUUCUUUCUUUCUUUUUUUUUUUUUAAAGCGAGUGUCCCCUGUGAGCCUCCUGUGUUCUGGUUAGCCUACAGACACACUGGCGGUGCCUGUGGUCAUGUCCAUAGUGUGGAUGUGUGGAUUUACGGCGUGCACGCAUGUUUUAGCGAGCGGUUGGGAAUUCCGGGUCCCUGUGGUCAACCUCUGGUCUCUUCUCAGGGGGGCAGUGGGUCCUCAGAUCCAUCCAUCUAUCCAUCUCUCUGUCCAUCCCAGUCCACUGGCCUUCAUCUCUGGAGGAUUCCUGGUGGUGUUUUUCUAAGCACACACCAUUAGCAGCUCACGGGUGGAGGGAAAACAGUGUUAUCAGGCCUGGCUCUGAUAAUCUCAAUUGGCUUUACUCAGGCUGAUAAAAGGUGCUCUAAGGCCACCAGAGGGGUCCUUGGUCAGCCCCCACUCCCUCUCGUGUGCCGCAUCACCUCCUGGUAACUGUGGCAACUUGUGAAGCGUACAAAAACAAAGCCUCUAUGUGUGGGUGGGUUGUUGAGUGUGCGUGUGUUCGGCUGCUGUUGCCUAAUAAGACGUGUUUUCAAAUAGCAGAGAUUAAAUUGAUAUACAUAUGUUUGUGAAAUUACUUCCUCAGCGGGAGCGAACACCUUUCUAGCUGGACGUUUUUCUGUUGAUUUAAUGUCAUACAUUUCCUGUUAGAAGUCCCUAAGAGGAGGAGCGCUGUUUAGGAGGAAAGAUUCAGGGUAAAAGUCAAAAAAGAAACCUGAAAACUGCACUUUGAUCUCACAGCAGUACUCCGAGUCCGUAGAGUAUUUCCUCUGCAGUCACUGGAAACCGUAUGGGCAAGUUUAGCACCUGGGAAGAACAUUCCUAAUAUUAUGUGUUUAUGGUUAUGUCCCAGAAUAGGUAAGAACGCAUGUGGUUGUGAUUUUGAGUCCCUUAGUGCGUCGGGAAAGGGAGAUUGCAGGACGUAUAUUUCAGAAAAGGCUCUGCGCUCUGGGCUUAAAGAGGGAGUGUGAUAACAGGAAUGUCUUACUGUUUACUUGCUCAGCUGGUUCUGAUGCUUGAAAAUGUCUUUCUCGUGCAAUGAAGGCAUUUCUGACAGAAGAGUUAUCUAAGAAUGCUUCAUCUGCUUUGUUCUGGCAGAAAAGUACUUUCACAGUUAAUAAAACUUAAUCCUCAUGCCUCCUUUAGAACCUGAAUUACAAUAAUAUAAUUUCCAAUCCAUCUCUCUUGUUCGUUUAUUCUCAUAUGGAUGUGUUUCAUCUUUUUCUCUUGGGGGCCCGCCGCUCCCCCUGCGUACCUGCACUCUGGAUGCCCCCUGGCAAAUGAGCGCAGCGUCUUUCUUUUUCCCAACCGUGCAUUUUGUACGUUUAACCAUGUCACUUUGAGCCGGGCAGAUUACAGGCGUUUAAGUUCAUUGGAGAAGGUAAGGGCAGGUAUCAGGGCUUCAUGGGGGAUUAGGAGUCCAAAUUGGUUCCAGCUCUCCCUUCCUUCUAAUGACCAGUUCUUUAGCCCCACUGAUGGUGCAGUGGCCCGUAUGUUAGCAAAGGGCGCUUGUUUUUUUCCUCCCUCUCCUCUGCUUUUUUGAACCGGCGAAGGUCUGCGUGCUGGACAGCUCUGACGUGAUUCGAAACCCCUCUUUAAUAUCAACCACAUGGUGGUACCUGUGUAAGGUCCAGGUUUUUACCAACUUAUAGAAAAGAGAGAAAUGUGGCAAUCUUGUUUGACCAGCCUGCAUUCGCCACAGCUCAAGGCGUCCCAUUCGGAGUUAAAGAAGGGUCGCCCCCGGCUGGCAGUCACCUCCAGAUGACCUCCGGCUUUACACUGGAAAAGCCACAGGAGCGAGGCCGGCUGGGGAGGCUUUGUGGAGCUGCACUUAUUCGCUGCUGUGGUGGUGAUAAAACUUCAGACAGCCUAAUUGAUGGGCUUGCUGACAUAACAAUACCUUGUGAAAGCACGGAGUGGCCCAUGCCUGGUCCUCAUUUCUAGACAGCUGGAAGGGGAGCAGAACCCCCUACAAUGCAGCUAGAGUGGGGGUCCCACAGAGGGGAAGGGUUGGAGGUGGAGAUGGGGGGUGGAAUAGUGGGGGAGUCAUGAAAGGAACCAUUUGUACGCUGCACUUUGCUAAUGUAAAGCUUACACAGAAAUUCCAGUGGGUGAUAACACUGCAGACAUAAUAUUGUGUCGGAGAAGGAGCUGCAGACAUGAUGCUGCAGGACGGACUGCAAAGCUGUGCUGAGGUUACCGUGUGCAACUCGCUGCAGGAAAAACAAAAAAAGGAAAGAGAGGGAUGUGCCACGACGAGGGUUCCUCUGUGCCCGAGCUGCACUUAAUACUUGAGGAAUGUCUCCCUGGUGCCUAUAGCAACCGAACGUAAUCAAAAGCUUUAUUAAAAGAGGGGGGAAUAGAUCAUAAGGAACAUUAAAAGUAUCCCUCACUGGGUUCCCAAGUCGGCACACAAUUGCCCUUUUGUUUGUUGCAGUUUUGUUGUGUGUGCCUCUCUCAAGGACUUGCAGGCUAAUGUUGCCAUUAAGUCAUGCAACACAGUUUUGUCUUUGUGCUAGCUUGUGAUGAAUCUCUCUGUGCGUGAAUGCAGGCUUGAUUUAACGUUUGUUUUUCUCCUCUGUGUUUUUUUCUUCCCAGGUUCAUUAAUGCCAGGAGAAGAAUAGUACAGCCCAUGAUCGACCAGUCAAAUCGAGCAGGUAAAAAAAACAGAAAAAGGACAAUUCAGCCGACAUACAGCAGACUGCUGCUUCGCUCUUUCUUUCCCUUGCAUGAAGACACCCUUCUAAUAUCCUUCACUGGCAUGCACAUCAUGCCUGGAGUCCAGAUUUUUUAAAGGGGCGCCCUAAAUCUACAACCUCCUUCAAAUAAUAUGAAAAAUCCCUCUCCUUCCUCUUUCUUCCUUCGAUUUUCUUCUUUGAGAUGUGUUCAGCAGUGGUGCAGGCCGUUUGCUGAUUGACUCUAAUUGGAGAUUUCCCAUUCUAAGUGGAGGGAGAGCUAUAUUAGCACUCUCUCUGUGAAUUACUAAUUGGACACAAGAGGAGAGCUAGAAAGGCUAGAAGCAAUUCCAGAGUUAUCGCCUCCUUUUCUUUUUUUUUUGUUUUUGUUUAUAUUUUCCAGUCCAGGGUUGCAGGGUUAGCCUUAGCAUCCCACUGCAUUUUUGUAUUAUUCUAUCAAGAAACACUAUUCAAAUGUUCAUCCUUAGAAGCGAUUUGCGGCCCAGUAGAAUGUAAGAACAGCCUUUACCUUUUCUGACAGAUUGAUAGUUUGAAAUAGGGCUGGGCAAUAAAACGAUAAUAAUAUAUAUAGAAAAUUAAUUUCCCUCAAUAUAAAACAUGGUCAAUAUGCUUUUCAAUAGUCGGCAUUCUGCCAUGUUUUGGUAGACUAUAAGAAUAGCCAAUGAAAAGAUGACAUUGUUGACAACACUGGCACGAAAACCGAGUAAUGUGCACUGCAAAUUAUGUCAAGAACAUGUUCUCGCAAAGUCGGGGAAUACCUCAAAUCUUUUUCAGCACCUGAAGUAAUGCCACGAGCAUCCGCAAUGCAAAAGGUUCAGUCCACUUUCUCUAGCGCAACGCCCUGUGACAAAAUGUCAAAGAGACACAAAGACCUCACAGAUGCAGUAGCUUAUUGUAUGUCAAAAGAUAUGCUACCAAUAAGCACAGUUAAAUUUCAAUUUUUAUCUCAUGAUAUAUACCUAUAUCGACUGAUAUGUAAAAAUUUAUCGUGAUAAAUUGAUUCCCAUAUCGCCCAGCCCUAGUCUGAAAUUAUCAAUUAAUGCACUUUUAGUCAUGGAGAUGGAAGGAUGGUUUUAACAUGAGGCAUUGAUUCAAUCAGAAUCCAUUUCUCUUAAACAGAUUAUGGACAAUUAACUGAUAACAAACUUGUUUUAUAUCUAUUGUGGUUAAGUUACAUAAACAAAAAAAACAAACUAGCAGUAGAAUCCUGCUAAAGUAAAUCUAAGUAAUUUGUAUCAUGUAGGUUAAACAGCGAGCUCUCUUUCUGGAAAAGGUCCCCUCUCUAGGAGGAAAAACCAACAUGAGCCACGAACCAAAUGAGAUGCACUCGCAUACUGUAUGUGGGAGAGACCGUCUACAAUCCCCGAGCUCAGCAUGCAACAAAUGUUGUGCCAAACAACAAUCUCUGCAAAAACAGCAUGACUAACAGCUCCCCUUAAUCUUUACGAAUUACAGAUUAUCCAAGAUAAUACUGUUAUAGUGCCAGAAUACACCAUGUUCUACAGUCUCAAAAGAGCAUUAGUUCAUUAGUGCUAAUUACAGACAAAAUAAGAUGCAUUUAACUGCCAGUGUAUCCUCUGAAUCAUGUUAAAUAAUCAGAUAAAUCUUUAAAUUAUUGGUAAUUGUCAGAAUAACAUAAAGAUGACUAUGCUCGGUUUAGGAGUGGAAGUGUGUACUCUGCUGUUCAGAUGACUACUGUCUGAAAGAAUUGGCUGCCACGGCAGAAAUUCUUCUCAUCCUGUCAAACUGCAUGCUUUCUCCUCUCAACUAGAGAACAAUGUAUCUCCUGUGUGUGUGUGUGGUUUUGAAAGACACUGGCAAUGUGUGUGUGCGCGCGUGUGUGUGUGUGUGCUUGCAUGCAUGAGGACCUACUGUAUGCGUGUUUGCAUGCCACGCGUCAGCCAAUGCGGUCCACAAACAUGAGCACAAUGUCUUACAGUAUGUUUGGGCUGAAGCUGGGACAAUUGCUGAUUGUCUGGUGUGUUUUCUCUUCUUUUUCUUCCCCCCCUCCUCCCUUUUUCAUGUCCACGUUUUGACUACAAUCAGGUUUUCUUCUUGAUCCUUCAGUGAGCCAAGGAGCAGCAUACAGUCCGGAGGGCCAGCCAAUGGGCAGCUUCGUGCUGGACGGUCAGCAGCACAUGGGGAUCCGACCAGCCGGUGAGUGCGUCGUCCUCUUGCUCGCUCUAAAAAGGCACCAGUUUCACCCUGAGAUCCGGCAGAGCAGAUCAGCGCUGAUCCUCUUGUCUGAAGCAUGAGAUUUGGUGACCUCAGCAAGAAGCAGGUCCCAAAGUUAAACCCAACCCUAACAACAGCAACAAAACCACGAUAACAUCACGUUUUAAGAAAUCCCCUCACAUUUCCCCGCUAAGUCUACUGCCUGUCUUGCUUGUUUUUUUCUCUUAUCUAACAAAUCCUUCACAAAUAAUCACAACAAAGGGAUUUGUGGGAUAAAAUGCAAGAUAAAAACACUUACACCACUUCUGUACGUCUUCCACUUCCCUUUUCCCUAAUCAUUUUCUAUCUGGAGCUAACUAAACCUCAUUCUCUCUAUCAGCGGCUCUCCUCUGACCUCUCUGUAAUUCAAACUCCUGCUGACCUUUGUUUCUCUGGCGUUUAUCUCUUCCUUCCAGGGCCUAUGAGUGGAAUGGGGAUGAAUAUGGGCAUGGAUGGGCAAUGGCACUACAUGUAACCUCCAUCUUGUAAAGCAAAACGCAAAGAAAAAGGGGGAAGUAAGUACUGGGCUCUUUCUUUUUUGACACUUGGGUUGUCGGUUUCAUUUCUUCACCCACAUUUCUUCUUCUUCACAUGAUCAGCAUUACCCUACCAUAACCCGGCCGUCAUUUCGCAUCAAGCUUCUGGGACCUUUUUCGACAGCUUGAAGCCGGCAUGCAUGGGCGUUUUUAGCAAGAUGUCUUCAGGGGUAGAGAAGGGAGGGUUUGUAGUCUUGGGAAAAAAAGGGGGUGAGCUGUCCCAGCGUAGAGAGAGUCCCGACUUGUGGCGCCAGACAAACAGGGACAACAACAGAAAAAAGGAGGGGGAAAAACAACCUGGCAUGGUGUGCACAAAUUUAUUUAUCACAACAGCGCCAUCGCUCUCCGCAUCCCGGACAGCCAAUGCAAAUGUUGGACAUUUAGGGAAAAAAUAACAUCUCCUGGGGAAGGGGCUGACGGGGAGAAAUUAAGCAGGCUCCAGUGAAGCGAUAAAGAAGGAGAAGUGAAACUGUCCUCCGAGUGACAUAAAUCUGUCCGGGGAAGGAUUGAUGCCCAAAUUAUCUUAUAUGCAAAGACGGGAACAGCGCAGUACAUUACGCUCCCUGAGCGAGAUAUACGGGCCGUGGGUGACACGACCGAUCCUUCACUGGGGGUUUGGUUUGAGCUGUGUAAAGGGAGGAAUGAAAGAGGGGGGGAGCUGUGUGUUUUGAUUAUUUUUUACUGGAGGGAGACGAUUUAAGGGGGGGGCGGGGGCCAGUCUGACCUGAGACUCACAGACAAGAGCGGAGAGACAUUGAGAUAAAUUUAUAAGGUUGUAGACACAAGCAUGAGUGCAUCUAAAAAGAAGGGGAUCUCUUUCUCACAUACAGAUACAGUCCCUCUCUCUCUCUCUCUCUCUCUCUCUCUCUCUCUCUCUUUCACACACACACAUACACACACACACACACACACACUAUCCUCAUACAGCUAAAUGGCGGCAGUCUGAUUAAGCCGGCCAUUCCACCUCCCGCUUGUGCCACAGUGCUGACAUUUGAAAAAUCAAGACGUAUCACAUCCCGAAGGCAGCAGGGCAGAAGAGAUUUUAUUUUAACACCUAAACUCCCUUUGCCCAAUGAGGCACAAUAUAAUAACACUUACCUUGAUUAAAAGAACCCUUUAUAUGUAAAUGGAGACUGGAUUUUCCAAAGGGUCACAGCGGCAAUUCUGCCGACAGAGAUCAUUUCACCUCCUCUCUCUCUCUCUCUCCCUCCUCUUUUCCCUCUGUCUCUCACUCUCUCAUCCCCUCCUGUCUUUGCUAAUGGCAGCAGGAAAAAAAAAAAUCAGGAAGCAAUGUUCCCUAAAACAGCCACACAGAGACAACAUUUGCUCAGGUUGGCUAAUUCUUAAUAUAGGGCUAUAUAAUUUUGAGACUAUUUAAUUACAUAACAUACUUUAUGCUUCAUGACCAAUUACAUUAAUAGCUUAAUACAGAGGAAUAUUAUCCUCUCUUGAUUUGAUUACGCAGCCACACAAUAUGGUAUAUUUGGUACUUAAUUAUGGCCAGCCAUUGAGCAGGGCCGCUGUGCCAUAACAGAAGUGCAGCGAGGGAGGCAGGCAUGCAGAGAUGGGGAGAUUGAGAGAGAGAGAGAGAAAGAGAGAGAGAGAGAGAGAGAGGCCUUAGUUAUUGUCUUCAGAUGGUUUUACCACUCUUGUUAAUAAAGGAGGGGGGUCUCAGAUCUACUUAACGGAAUGACUGCAGCUUACAAGGCUGGAGAUUACCAGCUUACAGUGUCAAAAACAUCUGUUGGGCCUUUUAACAGGAGCUGCUCCAGGUUAUAUGGAGGCGAGGGCACCCAUCAUACUCGGGCACCCUGAGUGAUUUAUUCCUUUUAUGACCCCGGUAGUGAGCUUUUAAGAGACCUGCUCUGACAAACAUGUGCAUUUCAAAUGAACUGACACGGACAAGAGGGUGGGGUUGGUGGUGGAGGGGGGUAUUAGAAAAUGGCACAGCUUUCAACCAAUGAGGCUGGUCAUUAAUCUUGGCCUCUGCUGUCCCCUUUUUUUUUUUCUCUCUCCUCUCUUUACCUCUUCUUCUUCUUCCUCCCCUCACCAGGGCCCUCCAGUGUAAUUUCUUAAUUGCAGUGUACUAAAGGUGGAGGAAUGCAGAGAGUGAGCAUGCCUAGUGACCUCACAGCGACCUCUCCCCCCUCCUAUUACAGCUUCUAAUCCCCCAGGGGUUCACAUUACAAAGCAGGGCCGGCCCAGACCCAGUCCCAGACCCAGGCCCCCUCUGGCUCCAGCAGGGACCCCCUGCUCUUACUUGUUUCUCCCCAAGGUCCAGGCCCCAUAGAGCAGCCAUGUUCCCAUACACCAACCCCUGGCUCCAGGAACCCCCCCCCCCACCUCCCUACUUCCUCCUUUUUUUUCCAAAUUCUUUCUGAUUACAACAAACAGCAAACAGUGGCACUGCUGUGUGACCCAGGUCCUGUCACAGUGUGAGAUAUCCAGCAUGCUGGGGUCUCUACACAUAUUAAGUAGAGUCCAUCUUUAAGUGACAUCAAAGUGCCCCACCUGCUCUUCCUUUCUUUUCCCCUCUUUCAACUCUCUUUUAUCUCCGUCACUCUUGUCUCUCUGCUUUUUCCUGCCUCCUUUCUCUUCUUCUACCUCCAAAAUACCCCACACUCCUCGCAUCCGAGAGCAGCGCUUUGUUUUGCAUCUGGACUGAACCAAGCCUAGUGAUACAGCUAACCGAGUCCUAAAUUAUUUAAUAACUUCUUCUUCAAGGGGUUUUAAAUCAAAUAUGUUCACAAAAAGACGCAUCCCCCAUGAGAGCGUGUCACUAAAGCCAGUCGGGGAAUUGACUGUUCCGCUUGUAAAAGUAUUAGCACUUCUCCACAUCAAUACACACGCCUGGUUUUCCUCACAUCCUCCAGCUCUACAGUGUCUGUCUGAGGAUGACUGAGGAUCAUUUUCCAACCUGAGCCCUGACCACAACGCUGUUGGGCAUUGUAAACCACUCACCAUGGGCCUAAAAUAGCCCGUCCAAUAAUGUCUCUCUUUACUCGUCGAAGCUAAAACGCGGUGUCGUAAAACCUGCUAAGCCCUGGGAUGUCUGAGUUGCGUGUAAAUGAAAUUAAGGCCAGUUAAUGGAGACAGAGAAAUAGAUUUAUCUGCUCUGGGAGUUAAUUUCUUCUUGGUUUUCUUCCUCUCAGGUCUGCCAGGCAUGCCAGGGGAGUACGUACCUCAGAGCGGUCCUAUGGGCAUGAGCAUGGCCCCGCCCACCUACACCAACCCUCAUCAGAUGACUUCCCACCCCUCCCAGCUCCGACACGGACAUCCUCUCCACGCCUACCUGCCCGACCACCACCCUCAUCGCCCUCAUCACCCUCACCACCACCCUCAUCCUCACCCGCACCACGCCAUGCUGAUGCAUGGAGGACCCUCGUCACACCCAGGAAUGACCAUGUCUGCACAGAGACCCCCUUUGCUCACCCCCAUUGACCCCAGUACUGGAGGACAAGGCCUGGACAUCCACGCCCAAUAGUAUAAGGGAACUUUGUUACCACGACAACAGCAGCUACUACAAGAAAAAAAAAAAAACAGUUGAAAAAAGACGUCAGCAGCCCACAAUAAAUCAUAUUUUGAGACUAUUUUUAAGAAUAGAAAGCGAACCCUUUUGACCAGAAUUUGACACUAAAGAAACAGAAUUCCACAUGAGCUGUGAUAAAUCUUUUUUUUUUAAAGACUUGUCAAUUUUCUUACUUUCAUCCAAAUGGAGGACCAAGCUGACAAGAACACUUUGUAAAGUCUUGGGCUUUUGGUAAAGAUCAACAUAGGAUGUUUUGACAUACACGUGUGCGAAGGACGGACAGAUGCGCGCACACCGCUCCAAAAACACAAACACUUUUUUGACACUCACUCACUUACACACACACAUACACACACACACACCGUCAUAAACAUAUUCAGUACACUUUCAUGUCAAACGCUUCAAGAAUAAAAUCACUCUGGAAGAUUUAAAAAAAAAGAAACAACAGAAAGACUCCAAGAGUUAUAACUACUGUAGUAUAAAAGUAUAGAUAAAUAAGUUAAAACUUGUGCAUUUUUUGUUGAUCACAUGGUUUAUGUUUCCUGAGCUAGUUUUAGAAUCAAAGGUUAACCUUUUCUCUCUCACACUGUGUGUGCUCCUUCCUGGAGGAGAAACUGUCUCGCAGCACAGCACUAGAAAAGAAAAGAAAAGAAAAAAAUAAGAAGAUGGAACAUCUCAAAAAGGCUCCAAACCACAGAGGGCGAUCAGGUCCUGUCCCUCACAAGAACAGGGCAUGAUGGGUAAAGGCUGCUAAAUGACACCGGAUCUCUCCAGAAGAUUCAGUUUGAACAUUUGUCAUGCCCCUCUUUUUCUUUUUCUUUUUUUGUUCAUGAAUGAAUGUUGCCCUGUAGGUUUUAAAGGAAAAAAACGUUCUUGUUUGAAUUGCCCAAGCACUGGAUUGUGUUGGUUUUAUACAUUUUUAUUUUAAUAUUAUUUUAUUUUUUGUACCCUGGACUCUCAUUGGUCAGAGCCUAUUGAAGGAAGCUUAAAAGUGGAAAAGCAACAUCCUCUGGCGCUCUCUUUCCCUGCGGAUCAACACUUUUGCCAUACGGACAAUACUGACACAAACGUUGAUUCUGCGGCACUGGAGAAGCAUUUGAUGGUUGAUGCACCAAAAAACCUAUAACUUUAAAAAAAACAAACAAAAAAAAAAAACUUAAAUUAUGAACUCAAUGCUUUUGGGGGGAAAAAAAGCUGAGAGAAUAUUGUAACAAACUUCGUACAGAGUUCAGUCUAUUAAUUGUUUCAUGUUAGAUAUUCUAUGUGUUUACCUCAAUUGAAAAAGAAUGUUUUUGCUAGUUUCAGAUCUGCUGUGGCAUUGAUAUUGUAUGUCCAUGAAUUCCUUCCUUUUUCAGCACGUGUUCCUCACUAGAUGAUAAGAUGCCGUCUCCCUUAAGCUUUGUCAAAAAUACAUUAAAUACUUGUAUGAGGACUGUGACGUAAUGUUUAAAAGGUGUUCAGUCACAAAUGCUGUAAUAAAUAUUUCAUUUUUGAUUUUUGUUAGAUUUUUGUGUGAUUAACUGUCUG